AUGCCCCCGGCGCUCCUCGCCCCGACGGCCUGCCCGUUACCAGCCGCGCUCCGGCUGCUGCUAGGCUCCUCCUGCCCCGGGACCCCCGCCCGGCCCCCUCCGAGGGUCCCCGCAAGGCGGGCGAGGGCCACGCGCGGCUCCCCCCGACGGCGCGGCCGCGCGCCUUACAUAAGCGCUGGCCGGGCUUGCGCAGGCGGCUCCUUCCCUCGCCGCCGCCGCCGCCGGCCCCGCAUCCCUGCAUCCCUCCUCCCCUCGGCCGCCCUCCUCCUUCCUGCCUUCCUCCUUCCCUCCUUCCUUCCUUCCUUCCCUCCGUCCGGGGGCGGUGCCAGCCCGGCGCUGACGCGGGAGGAGGAGCGGGGGCGGCUGCGUGACGCGGGGCCGCCGCUGCUUGUGCUGCUGGCGGGGCCGCCGGCCGGAGAGGAGGAGGAGGAGGAGGAGGAGGAGGACCAGCCGCCGCCGAGCAGCGCCGGGAGCCGCCAUGCAGCGCCGGGAGCCCGCAGCCCCGGACGCCGCCGCCGCCGCCGCCCCGCGCCGCUGAGCCGCCCCGCAGCCGCGCCUCGCCCGCCGCCCCGUCGAGCCCCGUCCGCCCCCUCGCCCUUGUCCUGCUCCUGCUCCUGCUGCUCCUCCCCGUCUUCGUCCUCCUGCUGCUCCCGCGCCGGCCAUGAACUUCCAGGGCGGGCCGGGCGGGCAGGGCGGCGGGCCGGGCUCGCAGCAGAGCCUGGCGGCGCCGGGGGUCCGUCGGGCCCGUCGGGCGCGGGCGGCGCGCCCUCGCCGCAGUUCGGCCUGUCCAACUCGGCGGCCAUCCGCGCCGAGAUCGGGCGCUUCGAGUCGGUGCACCCCAACAUCUACGCCAUCUACGACCUGGUCGAGCGCGUCGACGACCUGGCGCUGCAGAGCCAGAUCCGCGAGCACGUCAUCUCCAUCGAGGGUGAGACCCCCGUCGGGGGGGGCAGGGCAGGGGGCGGGCCGGGGGCGCCGGGGCUCCUGCGGCGGCGGAGGAGGGGCGGCGGCCUCGGCGGGGGAGGGAGGUCGAGGGGUGGGGCGGGGGCUCGGGGAUGCUCUGGGAAGGAUGCGGCCGAAGGGGCUGUGCGGCGCCUGCCUUGCCAGGGGAGCCGCCUCCGCCUCCUCCGCCUGGGGGGGGGGGGGGGCUGUUAUGUGUGCAUCUCUCUCUCCUGCAGCAGAAAAUGGAGCUCCCGAUGGGGGGGGGAGGUUUUAUUGGCUCCGCAGAGAGGCUGUGAUUAAUCCCUUGCCAAAUGUCACUCCUUUCUUUCCUCCUUUCCUUCCUCCUUUCCUUCCUUCCUUCCUUCCUUCCUUCCGUUCUCUCUUCUUGCAUCCCCCACCACCUCACCACGUGCUUUGGCACUUGGCAGAGUUUGCUGGCACUUUGCAAGGGACCCUGGUUUUGGGUGCGGGAAGGGGGAGAAAGGAGACCCUCCUUGGCUUCCUCCCACAAAGCCAGCCUCUCUUGCGCCAGGUUCCCUGGGUGGCACCGUGCCCCCCCUCCACACCCCAUGCCUGUGGCUGCCCUUGGCUGUGCCCUUCCUGGCCAGAGAGGGGACCCCCCCCCCCGCACUGGCAAAUGUUGAUGCUGCCAGAUGCACCCAAAAGGGAUGGAGGGUUGUUGGCCAGUGGUGGGUCUGGAGAACCUCCAGGGUUGGCCGGUGGAGCCUGGUGUGCCAAGUAGCUCGUUCUGAACCCCAGGAAGACCCCCCAAAAACAGGUGGGCAGCCCCCAAAUCAUCCACCUUCCAGCAAGGGGGUCCUGGGCUUGGGAGGUUGACUGGGCAUGGUUGUUACAGGCAAGGACUGGGGGGCAGCUUGUGAGGAGGGCAGAGGGGAAGGCCCCAAACACCCCCAAGGAACCAAAGGCUGCCCACCCCCCGCUUCUCCUGCCUGAUAAAGUCUGCAGUGAACCUGGCUUCUGUUAUAGAGACGCCCUCUGCACGAGCGCAGAGGCACUGUUUUCAUGCCAGUGCUCUGAGGUCCAGCGGGUGCUUUCUGGAAGGGUCCUGGCCUGGAGUGCCCAGCCAGAGAACGCUUCUGCCUUUGGCUGGGGCCAGGUUGUGAAAGCCUCCCUCUGGGGCGGACCCUGGGGGUGGGGGCUCAGUGCCAUGGAGACGGUGGUGGCGAUGGCAGCACCCUCCAUUUCCCUUGGUUUUUGCUGGCGGCUCUGUCUCUCUGCGCAGGAGGCCCCUCUGUGUGGCACUGCCUGUGCCCAUUGCUGUUGCUCUGUGUGGCCAGGGAGCUCUAGGGGCAGAGCUCUGGGGGGAGCCAUGCCAGCUGUUCUGCCCGCACCCUAUUUCUCUCUCCUUUGCUAAGAAGGGCAGCCUGGGGGAGUGGAAGCUGUCAGGCAGGGAAGGCGGGUGGCACUUUCUGCGCCCGACCUGGGUGUGGAACUGCUCCGAAAGCCUUGCCCUGAGGCAGCGCAGCACCUGCGCUCCGCUGGCAGGUUGGCAAACCUGUAGCGCCACCUCCCCACCUGUGCUGCUUGGCAGGAGCUCUCGGGGAGCCUCAAAGGAAGGAAACGAUUCUGGGUGAGAGAUUGGCGUGGGACAAAGGGCGGGGGGUGGGGUGAGAGAGAGCAUGGUUUCUGGGAAGGGUCACCUGCAUCCGGGGAGUUAGGGGUGUACUUGGGGGGACCCCUGUGAAGAGAAGGGCAGAGUCCGGACUGUUCCUGAGCAUCCCUGGGUGGAAGAAGAAGGAAAGAGACAUGCAGAAGCUGGCAGGAUGAGAGGGAGGGAGGCUGCUGCUGCAGGGAAUGGAAGCCACACAGGGAGCUUCCGCUGAUGAUCCGUCAGGGCAGGGGGAUUUCUGCCUCCCGCUACUAUUUGGGAGCUGGUAAAAAGGUAAAGGUGCCCCUGACCGUUAGGUCCACUCACGGAGGACUCUGGGGUUGUGGCGCUCAUCUCGCUUUACUGGCCGAGGGAGCCGGCGUUUGUCCGCAGACAGUUUUUCUGGGUCAUGUGACCAGCAGGACUGAGCCGCUUCUGGCGAACCAGAGCAGCACUGGGAGCUGGUAGGAGCCUCAAAAGUAUGUCCACUCUGCUGCCAGGGGCAGGAUGGGGCCUUGGCGGCAGCAGGAGAAACCAGCUGUCUGUCUGUGGCCUGGCAUUCAUUGCUUGGUAGGAAGGGAGAAGCUUUGCAAGAGCCCCCCGCCCCCGAAAGGAGACAUCUGGGACUGAGGGAGCAUCACUGGUUUCGGAGGCAGGGAUCUUGUCAAGAGCUGGAAAUGCCAGGUCAACCCACAGGUGCCAGCCUUAUGCCAAGGACUCGUCCAGCUCUGGCCUUCGAUGCUGGAAGUCCAGGGGUGAGGGUGGUGUUGAACCCCACACCCAUCCUGUAUCCUUCUGUGGGUGUCCUUUUCCCUUCCAGACUCUCUACGUGGCAUCCAGGGGCAGCCAAGGGCACUCCUCAAAGGCAGCCUCCUUGGGUGUCCUGGGUGUGUGUUAAAAUCCGCCAGGCACAUUUUGCACCUGGCUACUGGCCACUUGCAACCAAGUGAAGAUGCCUGAGUUCCAGGAGGGUGCCUGAUGUCUCCACCGCCUGGAGGUGCGUGCCUGCACCUUGGAUCGUGACUCUUUUCACACACUAGCAACACAUCCUGCAGAAUUCUAUCCGUUCUAUUUUAUCUGCACAAUCAGAAUGAAUUUCAGGAACCAAAAUGCUUUAUCCGUGCAGCCUGAGCAGGAGAAGAGACCAAUGUUAUAGUGAAUUGUUGUGGCUUGUCUUUGCUUCCCCCAUCCCUACCCAGCCUAGCUCACACUUGCGAAGAAUAUCCCUAUGUUAUGCAUGAUCUGUGUCACCCUUAAGAAAAAGAGGUCAGUAUAGGCCAAUAUAUAUGUGGAUUGUCCCUGGAUCAAGGGACUUUCCUUCUUUAAGUUCUCAAAGCUCUUCACCCAACUCAACCUUGUCAUAUGAACUGGCUGGAUGUUCAAUCACACUCAAUCCAUCAUUUGGAAAAUGACUUUAGAGAGCCAUCUUGCCCAAAAAUGGCAAGUAGACAUUCCACUUUGCUGACUGUAACCUUGGUUCUCAUGUGCCAUUGGGCGCCUAGCUGAUAUAUUUGAGUUUCUAACACUGGUCCGGCCAUGUUUAGAUUGCUGUGGCCCAGAUUUGGGGGGGGCACCUCAGCAGCUGGCUGGUCGAGUCCCUGGUGGCCCCGUUGGGGAGGCUGGGUGCUGAAGCCGGUGACUUGCCUGACCCACGUGGUCCUCAGCCUUUAGGAAUUGCCUUCCUUUGGCCUUGCCACUCGCUGGACGCCAGCUGGGUGCCCCCAGUACCUGAAAAGCCCUGGCACUGCUACCUGUGCCAUACCUGUUCACCAGGUGUGUGCCAGCGGUGAUCAGGCCAGGAGGACCUCGGAGGAGCCCUGCAGGUGGGCCGGAUCAAAUUCCUCAAGUUGACUACAAGUUGCUUGAAGGAAGACUUUCUCUUGCCAGUUCUGGAUCUCCGUUUCGUUGGCGGCUCACGAAGCUGCAUUGUGAGACAGGAAGAAAAACUUUGCACUGUGCCCAAUUUUAUAAACAUCCGUCUUGUCGCUUCUUGUUCACCUUUUUUUGCAAACGGAAAAUCCCCCAAUGCUGCAACUUUUCCCCAGAGGGGAGUUUCUGCAUCCCCUUCUCCAUCAUUUUCGGAACCUUCUCCAGCUGUGCGAUAUCCUCUUGGAGGAGAGGCAAACAGAAUGGGGCGCAGGCCUCCCAAAUCACAUUAUAGAUGGCAUGAUGGCAGUUUUAUUUCCGGUUCCUUUCCUAAUGAUCUCUAGCAUGGGAGAUUUGGUGCUUCCAGUUUCACCUCACUGUUCACCCGACUCCAGACAAUUUAUGUACUAGUCAAAAAGCUCAUGCCCCAAUUCUGCUCUUUCUGAGGGUGCUUUCCACAUCCCUCUGUGGGGAGCAGCCCCAUUUGUCUCUGCUCCCCACUUCCAGUUCUCUAGCCAGCUUCUGCUUCAAAAAGAGGAGGACCUCUCCUCUCGCCCCACGACCUUCCUCUGGAGUCUUUAGCGAAGAUCUCCAUUAACUAGGGGCCAUUCCGAUAGGUCAGCAUCAACGUCCCAAUAACAGGCUUGCCUUUCUUUGUUUUAUCCUGGGUUCUUGCUGCAUUGCAGGGGCUGGACUAGAUGCCCUCGGGGUCCUUUCCGAUUCUGCGAUUCUCUGAUUCUUGUUAGGACUUGUUGAGGUGACUGUGUUGCUUUCAGGCCCUGUCAGCAUCAGGGGAAGAAGGUCUCAGUGUAGUUGUGGUCUCACAUUUCCCCUAAGAGCUUCUUCUCUGGGAAAGAGACACCAUAAUGGAAAGUGAGUUUCUUCGCCUGAUGUUUCCAACAUAAAGGAUGAUACUUUCUGGUCUUCUUGUGGCGCCUCUUAGGAGUCAUAUUUUGCUUAGUCAUUAACUGGAUACAGUUUCCCCUUCAGUUGAUACAAAAUGAGACCUUCUUGCUUUUAGUCCACCUGUGUUCCUAUGGAUCAAGGAAAGGGGCUCUUACAGAACUUUUAAGCCGCUCUUUCAAAUACAGUGUAUAAUUUGGCAAAACUCUACAGAUGGCCAGUGUUUUGUUUGCUUCUCUGUUUUGUUCCUGCUAGCGAAAGGCAAAUUCACACGGCUGAAACUUUUGGCUUUGUAGUUUAAUCUUCCUAAGAUCUCAGUUGAAUUAAAUAUACAGUGGACGCUUGGGUUGCGAGCGUGAUCCAUGUGGGAGGCACGUUCGCGAUCCGCAGCACCGCGUCUGCGCAUGCAUAGGUUGUGAUUCGGUGCUUCUGUGCAUGUGAGACCGCUGAAACCCGGAAGUAACCCAUUCUGGUACUUCCGGGUUCGGCACGGCUCACAACCUGAAAACACGCAACCUGAAGCGUCUGUAACCAGAGGUAUGACUGUAUUCGAUAUAUUCCUGUGUGUGUGAUAGGCAAUUUUGUAUCACAGUUAAGUUCUAGAAGAUGUUGCUUCAAUCCCUUCUGCAAUUUGGGCUGGGGAGGAGAGCAAGGCUUGCAAGGGGUUCUUGCUCUCUGCCUCUGGGACAUCCAGCCGUCCUGGGGCCCAGAAACAGGUUCUGCUCCUGUGCCCUUUCCCAUUUAAGGGACUCUUAACUGUGAGCUAACCAUGGGAAAGGGAAUCAUAUAACUGUAGAACUGUGGAGUUGGAAGGGACCCCAGGGGUCCUCUGGUCCACCCCCUGCAAUGCAGGAAUCUCAGCUCAAGCAUCCCUGACGGAUGGCUGUCCGAUCUCUGCUUAAAAACCUCCCAGGAAGGAGAGUCCAUUCUGCUGCUGAAUGGCUCUUUCCGCCAGAAAGUCCCUCCAGGUGUUUAGUCCGAAUCUCCUUUCUUGUACUUUGAAUCCAGGCAGCAGAAAACCAGCUUGUUCCACCUUCACUGGAGGGACACUCAAGUCUCGAUUUGCAAAGGAAAGCUUGGCUUGGAACAAAUUGCCUUUUGCUUGGUGUCAGACAGUGGGCAACUGGCUUAGUGGUCAACUCUGCUCUUCUCCACUGCGCCCCCCCCCAAGUGUAUUGUGGGCAGAGGGCUGGAUACACACACACACACACACACACACACACACACACACACACACAUAUAUAGCACAGUCCCCAUGGCCUCCCCAUUCCAUUCCAGAUUUGUGGGUUGUGCCCCUUUGCUUGGGCUGCACGGUUCGUUUGGGCUGCUUGGGGGUCUCUGAAGAACCCUGGACUUUGAGUCCUGGGGGGGGGGAGAGAGAACUGUAGUGUGGGGUGGUCCGGCAGGGAGGCGGCUCUGAUUCCUGCAAUGGCAGAGGUUGGACUAGAUGUCUCUUGGAGUUCCCUUCCACUGCUACAAUUCUACGAUUCUGUGGGUCGCUCCCAGCCACACCCUCUCCUCGGGGCUCUUACGGCUAGAGUACGAAACGCCCCACAUUUUUCUUCUGGGUUUUCUGUGGCUUUUGCUGUGCUUGGAUCCUGCGGCAGCUGCCUUGUGUCUGUGGCUCAAGAGCUCCACUGACCCACAGGCAGCUCUGGGGGGCUGGAGUGUGGCAGAUUCCUGGGCGUUGGCCUGUCUCUUGCAAUUCGUCUUGUGCCGGAGGCGGCAAGUGUUCUGGGGGUGGGGACAGGCACCCGCCCGUCUUCUGUGGCUCCGUCAAAGACAAGCUUCUAGUCUUUCCUUCCUUCCUUCCACCCUCCCACAUGUUUCUUGGCCACUCAGCCUUACCCAUUUUUUGUCGGGUGGGCGGGCACUGGCAACUCCCUCGUAUCUCUUUUCCUAAUCUCAUAGGUCACCAUUUAUUGUGGAACGAGCACCAUAGUAUUAUUAUUCUUUAUUCUUUAUUAAAUCUGUGUACCACCCUGCAUCUGAAGACCACAGGGCGAUUCACAACAUAGAAAUGCAAAGUGAGAAGCCAAAAUGCAUGAUAAGAACAAGAGCCAAAGCAAACCCCUCGCCCCCCCUCCCAGAAACAGAUUUAAAAGGCCAUAGAACGUUCAUCAGCCAAGGCCUGGUUAGAGAAAAAUGUUUUCACCUGGUGCCUAAAGAUAUGUAAUGAUGGUGCUAGGCGAGCCUCCCUGGGGAGAGCAUCCCACAGAUGGGGAGCCACUGCAGAGAAGGCCCCGUUCUCGUGUUGCCACCCUCCGGACAUGGAGGAGACACACGAGGGAGGGCCUCGGAAGGUGAUCUCAGGGUCCGGGUAGGUUCAGAUGGAGAGGCAUUGAGGCAUUGCGGUCCUGAGCCAUUUAAGGCUUUAUAGGUCAAAAACAGCACUUUGAAUUGGGCCCGAAAACUAAUCGGUAGCCAGUGCAGUUGGACCAGGAUCGGUGUAAGAUGCUCAAACCAUCUUGCUCCAGUCAGCAACCUGGCCGCUGAAUUCUGCACCAGCUGAAGUUUCCGAACCGUCUUCAGAGGCAGCCCUACGUAGAAUGCAUUGCAGCAAUCUAACCUUGAGGAUACCAGAGCAUAGAGAACAGUGGUUAGGCUCUCCCUGUCCAGAUAGGGGCAUAGCUGGGCCACCAGCCGAAGAUGAUGGAAGGCACACCAGGCCACAGGCCACCUGAGCCUCGAGCAACAGCAAAGGAUCCAGGAGGACCCCCAGGCUACGAACCUGCUCCUUCAGAGGAAACGUAUCCCCAUCAAGAGCAGGCGACCUCCCAGCCAUCUGGUCUGAGGAACCACCCACUAACACAGCCUCAGUCGUAUCUGGAUUGAGCUUCAGUCUGUUGGCUCUCAUCCAGUCCAUUACUGAGGCAAGACUUCCAGCACUUCCACUGCCUCACCGGCAGGUGUCAAGGAGAAGUAGAGUUGUGUGUCAUCAGUAUAUUUCUGACAACGUACCCCAAACCUCAGAGUAACACAACUCAGUGGUCUCAUGUAGAUGUUAAACAGCAUAGAGGGGAUAGAAUUGAGUCCUCAAAAACCCCACACUGAAGGCUCCACGGGGACGAAGAAAACCCCCCCAAGCAUAACCCUCUGGGACCAACCAUCUGAGUAGGACCGGAACCACCACAAAGCGGUUCCACCCACCCCUAGUCCAAAAGAAUCCCAUGGCUGAUGGAACUGAAAGCCACUGAGAGGUCGAGGAGAAUUAACAGGGACAAAUUUCCCCCCUCUCUCUUCCAACAAAGGUCAUCAUGCAGGGAGACCAAAGCAGUUUCUGUGCUCAAACGAGGCCUAAACGCCAAUUGAAACGGAUCCAGAAAACCUGCCUCCUCCCAGAGCGCCUGGAUCUGGUCUGCGACCACCCGCUCCAGAACCUAAGAAUAGUAAUUUAGGGGGUUCGCUUGGUUUUGCCGUUUGGUUUCCAAGCAACAGAAGACAUUUCUGUCACGUUUUCAAAGAUUCUUUCCUCUCAAACCAGGGGGGGCGGUGCGAGGAGGGAGCUGCCGUCUGCUAUCUGGGCUGCCGGGUGGGGGGAGUGGGGGCGCCUGGGGCUUCAGCAUCCCUCUUCCUGGCAGCUGCCUCUGCUGGUCUUGAGUGCGAGUCCUCUUGCUCAUGGGGCUAAAUCCUGCACAUCUGCCUGACCGUAAGAACCAUUACCACUUGGCAGUGGAGGCCCAGGUUCAGAAGCGAUGUUCACCCUCUGCCCACAUGUGGGGGCCACCUUUCCCCUUCCCCACCCACCCACGGCACUCCCCAUGGCACCACGUGGCACUCUGGGGCCGUGGUGCUUGCCACCACGUGGUUUGUGUGCAGCAGACACAUCCCGACACUGGUGCAACCACUGCCUUAGAAAAAUAGAAUUCUGGAGCUGAAGGGACCCCAGGGGUCAUCUAGCCCAACCCGCUGCAAUGAAUGCAGAAAUCUUUUUGCCUAACAUGGGGCUCGAACCCACAACCCUGAGAUUACAAGUCUAUGGGACCGCCUCUCCUGGUCUGCCCCACGGAGGACCUUAAGGUCCACAAAUAACAACAUUUUGGAGGUCCAAAGUUGCAAGGUGGUUAGGUUGGUCUCAACCAGGGCCAGGGCCUUUUCAGUACUGGCCCCGACUUGGUGGGACACUCUGUCCCAAGAGACCAGGGCCCUGCGGGACUUGACAUCUUUCCUCAGGGCCUGCAAGUCAGAGCUGUUCUGCCUGGCCUUUGGUCUGGACUCAGUCUGACCCUUAUGUUUCCCUCCCCUUAUGAUCUUGAUCCAUGGGCUACUUUUAAAAUGAGGCUGCAUUUUAAAUUGCAUUUUAACCUGUAUUUUAAACCCCCCCCCCCCAUUAUGUUUUUACUGUGAUUUUAUUGGUGUUAGCCGCCCUGAGCCCGGGGAGGGCGGGGUAUAAAUAAAAUUUAUUAUUAUUAUUUUUAUGCUCCAGCAACUGAGCUCCCUCUGCUUGGCUUCAGGCGACUCUGCCGUGUGAGGCAGGGCUGAUGCCACUCUCUCCAACUUCCCUCCUGCCAGGGAAGCCAAGGAGAGCCUGGCAGAUGGGCAGCUGGUGCCAGUCCUGUUGCACACAGAAAGAGCACCUGGCACCCCUGAGUUUGCCUGGGCCCAGGUGCCCCUGGGUGGGCAUCUUGCCAUGCUGUGCCACCCUGGCCCCUCCCUUGGGCUGGUCGCAGGGGCAGCUGAGCAGGGAGAGGGCAGGUGCUGAUGGGGGGCAUCUGCUUGGGAGAGGCACGUGCGGAAGAUCUGAUGCCCAGGGGGCUGCCCGAUGCCAGGAGGGUGGGUGGAACUUGGCCUCCCUCCAGCAGAUUCCCCAUUGCAGGUGACGGGGCCAAACUUUGCCCAAGAGAUUGGGGGGGGGGGUGUUUGUGGUGGGGUCUGUGUGUCUGAGGGCACGGUUGCUCAGCAGGGAUGAUUUGAUUUAAAUCAAAUUGAUUUAAAUCACUAGUCACUAAGACUUGAUUUAAAUCAUUAUUUUUUUACAGAAAGACUCAUUCUUGCUGGUAUAAUCUUAAUAUUUGCAAUCAAAUGAAGGUUUCAUUUUUGGAAUAAUAAAUUUUCAGAGUAGUUUUUACAGUUAUAUAAAAAAUACAGAUUUGGUUAUACUAUUAGAAAUACAUAGACAGACAAUUGUGAAAUUAUUGUGAGGUUUAAUAAGUUAACUGCUUAUAUUUGGACAACUUUUCUGCUGUACUUUAAUGGAAGGAGAAGAAUAAUCAUUUCCUUAGUAACAAUUUAAACAAUUUAUUUAACUAAAACAAAAACAUUAGAACCUAUGUAUCCAUGUUUGUUAACUUGAUGUGGUUAAUCAUUUUUUUUAAAAAAACCUUUGAGUUUUAGCGCACAUGAAAAACUUAAAACCUUAUUUCCUGAUGAAUAGCCUUUGGACUAUAAUGUAAUUUAAACAGAAAACUAUCUUUAGAAAGGUUUUUUCUCCAAAAGCAUUUUAUUUUAAAAAUCCAAAUUAAAUAGAAAACAAAUCUGAUUAAAUUUGUUAGAAACCAUUUAUUUUUAUCCACCCUGUUGCUCAGUUGCUCCCCCAAACCCUGUUCUUUGAAAAUGUUACUGCACUGAACCUUAUAUUGUGUUGUGGCUCCGUGAUUCCUACCCCCCCCCAAUGCUAAGAAGUCAGGAAUUUGCCCCCAGGUCCCUAGAAAACUCGCCUGCUCCCAGCCUGAAAGCACCCCCAAAUCAAAGUUGGCAUAUAGAAUCGUAGAAAUGGGGGGGAUCCCAAAGGUCAUCUGGUCCAACCCUCUGCAAUGCAUGAAGCACAGCAAAAAGUGGGCUGGGUGUGUGUGUCCCCCCCCAUCUGCAAAUAAUGUGAUUUUCGAGAUGGAUCUCAAUUUUAUGCCCGUCUGUAACUUGUCAAAGAAAUGAAGACUUGGCAGAAGAGGUUUGCCUUAAGAGAGAGAGCUCAGCUCUAAGAAUCAGGGAAUUGAGGUGUUUUGAGAGGGGAUUGAUGCUUUUGAAUUCUGGUGCUGGAGGAGACUCUGGAGAGUCCCAUGGACUGCAAGAAGAUCAAACCUCUCCAUUCUGAAGGAAAUCAGCCCUGAGUGCUCACUGGAAGGACAGAUCCUGAAGCUGAGGCUCCAAGACUUUGGCCACCUCAUGAGAAGAGAAGACUCCCUGGAAAAGACCCUGAUGUUGGGAAAGAUUGAGGGCACAAGGAGAAGGGAACGACAGAGGACGAGAUGGUGGGACAGUGUUCUGGAAGCUACCAGCAUGAGUAAGAUCAAACUGCGGGAGGCCAGUGUGGUGUAGUGGUUAAGAGCGGUAGUCUCGUAAUCUGGGGAACCGGGUUCGCGUCUCCGCUCCUCCACCUGCAGCUGGUGGGUGACCUUGGGCCAGUCACACUUCUCUGAAGUCUCUCAGCCCCACUCACCUCACAGAGUGUUUGUUGUGGGGGAGGAAGGGAAAGGAGAAUGUUAGCCGCUUUGAGACUCCUUAAAGGGAGUGAAAGGCGGGAUAUCAAAUCCAAACUCUUCUUCUUCUUCUUCUGGAAGACAGAAGUGCCUGGCGUGCUCUGGUCCAGGGGGUCACGAAGAGGCGGACACGACUCAACGACUAAACAACAACAAGAGAGGGGAUUUUUGGUGGUGGAUUUUUACAAAAAGGGAGCCUUGUUUCAGAGAGAGAACUGGAAGAGGGAGUGGCAGCUGUCAGGGCUCCAGGAUGCGACACCAAAUACAACGUUGAGCUGGUUACAAAUGGAAUCGCGGAGGCAACAAUUUGAGUUUCCUGAAAAAUGCAGAAGUCCUUUGGCUGGUGAGGGGCAAAGGGAGGUUGCUGCCUGCUUCUCCCAUCUUCCCCGCCUCGUCCCCACAGCAGCCCUGUGAGGCAGGCCAGGCUGGAAAAGGGGGCUGGCUGAAGCCCACUUGGGGUGGGGGGCUUCCUGCCUUCCCUGGGGGUCCACUUCAUCCAGGGUCCCUUUCCGCCUCUGCUCCAUGGGGCGGUUGAGGGGCUGCUGCUGUGACGAAAGGGCCUGAGCUGCCCGUGGUCACUGCCCUCCAGGCCUUGGCAAGCCAUGGGGCAGCUGCUUCCCUCCCCUCCGGCAGCUGGCGUGAGGUUUGGGGUGGGGGCUGGUCACCAGCUGACUGGCAGGGUGGGGGCGGAAGGCUGGAGCUGGGCGAGGAAUCUCUGCCCUCUGACUCACAGGCUGGCACUGCCCUCAGCCACAGUUUCGUCCAGGCUGCCUGGCAUGCUCUGUGGCUGCCACUGAAUGCUAGUGCUGUCGGAAAGUUCUUCCUGAUGCCUCAAAUGGAAAUCAGUGAUCAGGAUUCGAACUCAAGUCCAAUGCUGUCCCCUCUAGGGGUUUCCAGCAACUGGGAUUCAGAAGAAUUGCUGCCUCUGACUGUGGAGGCAGAACAGAGCCAUCUAUUGAUAUCUGUAUCCAUGAAUUCAUCUAAUAUUCACUUAAAGCUCCCCCAUCUCUUGUGGGAGGGAGUUCCACAGUUUAACUUUAUUGCAUCCACCCUGAAUCUCCUCAUUCAACAUCACUGAAGGUCCACAAGUUCUCCACGCUUUACAAUACAGUCACACCUUGGUUUUCGAACGUUUUGGCUCCUGAACGCCGCAAACCCGGAAGUGAGUGUUCCAGUUUGCCAACUAUUUUUGGAAGCUGAACGUCUGAUGGGGUUUCCACAGCUUCCAAUUGGCUGCAGGAGCUUCCUGCAGCCAAUCAUAAGCCGUGCUUUGGUUUCCAAACGUUUUGGAAGUCAAACAGACUUCUGGAAUGGAGUUGUGGGUUUGAGCCCCCCAUUGGGCAAAGGAUUCCUGCAUGGCAGGGGGCUGAACUAGUGUGGUCCCUUCCAACUCCCCAGUUCUAUGAUUCUAACAUGUCACUUCUCACUAGCCUCUUCUCUGAACUGAAAAGUCCGAAACUCUGCAGCCUUUCUUUCUAAGGGAGUCGCUCCCUCCUCUCAAUCAUCUGGGUGGCCCUUUUCUGAACAUUUUCAAACUCUGCAAUAUUAUAGUAUUAUUCCAAAUGUGGUUGCGCCAUAGAUUUGUAUAAGGGAACAUGAUAUUAGCCAUCUGGUCCCACCUCCUGCAAUGCAAAAAUCACAGCUAAAAGCUCCUCCCUUUCAGGAUCUGGCAAUAAAGAGAUUAAUCUCAAUUUUAUGCCUGUCCAAAAAUAGGGAAAAGGGAGGGGUGAGUAUUGAAAAUAAUAAUAAUAAUAAUAAUAAUAAUAAUAAUAAUAAUAAAUAUAGUAAUAAUAAUAAUAAUAAUAAUAAUAAUAAUAAUAAUAAUAAAUAUUUUUUAUACCCUGCCCAUCUGGCUGGGUUUCCCCAGCCACUCUGGGCUGCUUCCAACACAAUAUUAAAAUACAAUAUUAAAAAGAGGUUCAGCUUCAGAAAGACAGUGAGCUGGCUCUCAGAAGUAGGAAACAGAGGUGUUUGGAGAGAGGAGUCUGCGUCUGGGUGAUCAGCUGCGAUUUUUGUAUUGCACAGGGUUGGACUAGAUGACCCUUGGGUCCCUUCUGGCCCUGAAGUUCAAUGAUUCUUUGAGUUCUUUGGAGUCCCCCCAAUGGAUUCUGCCAAGCUGCCGAAUUUCUUGAGGUUUCCUCCUAGGAAUGCCCUUCUGGGCAUGCCUUGCCCACCUCCCUGGCGCUGCCUGCCUGACCCUGCCUGUCUCAGAGCAGCCCCGGGAGGCAGGAAGUUCUGCGGGCAGCGCCAGGAAGUUGUUGGGCUGCGCAGGUGGUUGUGGGCGGCUUCUUGCGGCUUCCGCCUGGGUUUCCCCAGUGGUGUUUCCCUGGCGGGCUGGAGGACGGGCACGGCUGUCACCUUCCGAGGACUCCUCCCUCCCUCUUCCUUCCUUGGCUAUGUGUGGACAAAGGCAAAACAAGGAAAGCCUUCAGCUGGAUCCGGCCAGUGGCUCCUCCAACCCUCCAGCCUCUUCUCACAGCGGCCAACCAGGUGCCUCCAAAGGGGAGCCUUUCCCCACUCUUGCUCUCUGCCAUUUCAAGGUAGACUGGCUCUGUCCAUGGAGGCUCGAUUUGGGAAUCCAAGGAGAGCCUGCUGCAUCAGAUGCCCCAAGGAGGAGCGGAAUGUAAGAGCUCUCUCCCAUCCCACAAUUUCCAGCAACUGGGGUUCUUCCCCCCCCCCCAAUACAUAUAUUUAUUUGGUUUUUCAGAUUAAAACUUUACAGUCACAUAUCAAACAUAUAAAUUAGAUUCCCAGGAAUUUCCCAGACUUCCCUCCUCCUCCCCUUUGUGGGUCCUGUUGUUGUUGUUGUUUAGUGGUGUCCGCCUCUUCGUGACCCCAUGGACCAGAGCACGCCAGGCACUCCUGUCUUCCACUGCCUCCCGCAGUUUGGUCAGACUCAUGCUGGUAGCUUCGAGAACACUGUCCCACCAUCUCGUCGUCCCCUUCUCCUUGUGCCCUCCAUCUUUCCCAACAUCAGGGUCUUUUCCAGGGAGUCUUCUCUUCUCAUGAGGUGGCCAAAGUCUUGGAGCCUCAGCUUCAGGAUCUGUCCUUCCAGUGAGCACUCAGGGCUGAUUUCCUUCAGAAUGGAGAGGUUGGAUCUUCUUGCAGUCCAUGGGACUCUCAAGAGUCUCCUCCAGCACCAGAAUUCAAAAGCAUCCAUUCUUUGGCGAUCAGCCUUCUUGAUGGUCCAGCUCUCACUUCCAUGCAUCACGACUGGGAAAACCAUGGCUUUAACUAUACGGACCUUUGUUGGCAAGGUGAUGUCUCUGCUUUUUAAGAUGCUGUCUAGGUUUGCCAUUGCUUUUCUCCCAAGAAAAGCAAUGUGGGUCCUACUGUUAAUCAUUUCCUCCUGCAUCUUUUAUGAUAAUCCAAAUCUUUUACCUCUCCAUUGUGUCCAAAGUUCACCUUUAAACUACGAGUGGUAUUCCAAUCCUACUAAAGUUUUUAACUGUUUGCAAUGGUUUUUAUGAUAGGUUAUAAAUUUUCCCCAUUCCUUAUUGAAAUUUUGGUCUUCCUGAUUUCUGAUUCUUCCGGUCAUUUUGGCCAUUUUGGCAUAAUUCAUCCACUUGAUCUGCCUGCCUUCUCUGGACUUUAUCUUCUUUCCAUCUCUGGGCCAGUAACAUCCGCACAGCUGUAGUUGCGAACAUAGAUAGUCUUUCCUGCUCCCUUGCGAUUUUGGCACCUAUAAUUCCUCCAAGGAAGGCUUUGGGGGUUUUCUUUAAGAAAAGGUUAUUUUAAACAUUUUUUUCAGCAGCUGGGAUUCAGAAGUGUUGCUGGCCCCUGGCAGAGCCGUGCCAGGGUGGUUAAGAGCUGCUGGCAGCUCUCUCCUCCUCUGUGAAUCUGUCUAAUCCUCUUUUAAAGUCCUCCAAGUUGGUGGCCAUCUCUGCCCCAAGUGGCAGGGUGUUCCACAGUUUAUGUGCUGCAUGAAGAAGGGCUUCCUUUCCUCUGUCCUGACCAGGCUGGUCAGGCUUCGAAGCCCCCCACCCAAGAGCAGGUUGUCCUGGAGUCCUGUGCCCAGUUCUGGGCACCACCAUUUAAGAAGGAUAUGGACAAGGGAUGUUUCAGCUGAGAUUCCUGCCCCGCAGUGAGUUGGACUAGAUGACCCCUGGGGUUCCCUUCCAGCUCUCGUAUUCUCUUACUCUGUGGCAAGCUGGAACGUGGGCAGAGGAUUUGGAAGGCAAGCCUGGUGAGGAACGGCUGAAGGAGCUGGGUAUGUUGAGCCUGGAAAAGAGGAGACUGAGAUGAGAUACGGGAGCCACCUUCAAAUAUCUUAAAGGCCGUCACAUGGGAGAGGGAGCAUGCUUGUUUUCUCCUGCUCCAGAGGGUAGGACUCGAACCCGUGGCUUCCAAUGACAAGAAAGGAGAUUGCAAGUAAACAUUGAGACAGGGAGAGCUGUUUGGCAGUGGAACAGACUCCCCUGGAGUCUCCUUCAUCUUGCGUUUUUCAACAGAGGCUGGAGGGCUGUCUGUCCUGGAUGUUUUAGGUGUGAUUCCUGCAUUGAAGGGGGUUGGGAUAGAUGACCCCUGGGGUCCCAACGCUGUAAUUGUCCGAUUCAUCUACUCCCCACCACCCACCGGGUUCUUGGUUGCUCCUGAAGGCCUGCUGGCUCACCACAGCCCCAACAUAAAUCUGCCUCCUGCCUCCCCAGCCAAGUCCUCUUCCCACGGAGCGUCUCCCUUUCCUUGCCAAAGGCGAGAGGACGCUUCCCAGUCCUGCAGCUGGAAGUGGGAAUUGGCAAAGCCUUUAGGCCAGGGAGCCCAGAGCCUCUUUGGCUUCUGUCAUUGCCUAGGAAACCCAGCGAGGGAGGUCUCCAUCUUGUGGAGGGAGAAUAGCAGAUUCAUAGAAUUGUAGAGCUGAAAGGGACCCCUGAGGGUCAUCUAGCCCAACCCCCGCAAGGGGAAGGGUAGCCUGUGGAGUGUGGGGGUCUCUCUUGUGUGUGGGGAGCCCCACCUUGAACCCGCUCCUGGGCCAGGUGUCCAAUGAAGCUGGAAGAUUCAGGACAAAUAAAAGGAAGUUUUUCAUGCAAUGCAAAGUUGAACUGUGGAACUCACUGCCACAAGGAGGCAGGUAUGGCUUUAAAAGAGGAUUGGACAAAUUCAGGGAGGAGGAAAGGGCUAUUGGCUCUGCCCUCCACAGUCGGAGGCAGCAGUGCUUCCGUAUACCAGUAUACCGUAUACCGUAUACCGUAUACCAGGCAGACUCUGCUUGUGUUAUUCAGGACAUCCUCAACUGGCCUUCUUAGCUUCCUGGCUGAUUUCUUAAGAGAAAUCUGGGUCUUGGGUGCGGAUCCAUUGCAGUUUGUGCUAGGAGAGCUGCCUGCCCUCAUGGCGCUUCCUGCAACCCCCUCCUCCCCAAACCAGCAGGCUUUUACCCCACAGAUUGGCUGCCCCCCAAGGUUCCUAGAUUCCAGCUUGCAUUUUUCUACCUGGCAGGAGAGCCAGGCCUGGCCUUGCAGCCCUCGCAGGAUCGGUGCCUUCCUGACCCGCAGAGUCCGCCAGAGUCUCUUGCCCGCCUGAGCUGCUGCACAUCUGGCCAGCAAGCUCACAGCUGGAGAGGAAGCUUGCCUGACCUUCUCCGCCCGCCUGCCAGGCUCCCCAGGGGUCAGAAGCAAAAGGCAAACCCGCUGAGCAGAGGGAGGGGGGUGAGGGGACGUGUGUGCCCAUCUGGCAGUGCCAACCGGGGCUUAAGAUCUCUGUCCUGCGGUGACCUUCCUCUCCGUCGCUAGUGCAGCGAAGAGCAGGGUGGGACCAGGCGGGCAGGGCUGGAGAAAUCCCAGGCCCAACAGACACAUCAAGAUUUGCAGUAUAUUGCCAGGUCACGAUAUCACAAUACGGACUUCAAACUGGUUUUGGAUUAUAUAUCAAUAUAUUGCUUAACUUUCCCACUUGAGUGCAGUUCCUUGGGAUGCAAAAUAUUUUCCAGCUCUGUCUCCUUGAGUAACAAUAAUAAUAAUAAUAAUAAUAAUAAUAAUAAUAAUAAUAAAUAAUAAUUAUUUUAUUUGUACCCUGCCCAUCUGGCUGAGUUUCCCCAGCCACUCUGGGUGGCUCCCAAUUGAGUGUUAAAAACAAUACAGCAUUAAAUAUUAAAAACUUCCCUGAACAGGGAGGCAGGUUGGUGAUAAAGUAUCCAACUGGGACAGGGGAGAAUAAUAGAAUCCUAGAAUGGCCGACUUUGAAGGGACCCCUGAGGAUCAUCUAGUCCAACCCAAUCUCAAGUAGUCUUGACAGGUGGCCAUCCAACCGGUGCUUAAAAGCCUCCAGCCAAGGAGAGACCACCUCUUUCUGAGGGAUUCUGUCCCACAGUCAAAUAUGCAGCCUUGGGGUGUAAAACAUUUUCCAGUUCUGCACAGAACCUGGUUCUUAAGUCCUGUGCUGAAUGAGCUGGUGCAGAUUUAAAAUCUGAAUAUAAAGCAUCUGUCUGGGAGACCCGGCCUCAAAUCCCCCACUUUCUAUAUACUGCAGUUUUAUGUUGUGAAGGACCCUGAGGUCUACAGAUGAAGGGGGGUGGGGUAUACAUGGAAGGGUGUGCAGGGAACUGGGGUCUCUUUUGCCUUCCUUGUAUUUUCCUGUGCUGCAACACACCCUAGAACCUAGAAUCACAAGUUAGUAAUGGCUGUAGUAACAACCACAACAGCGAAACUUCCAGGAGCCCAGGAAUUCCUUAGCCUUGCCUUCCCCGUCUUGGCACCCUCCAAGCUGGACUACAAAUCCCAUCAUCCCUAGUCCAGCGUGACUGUGCUCCCACCCGCUGCCCCACCCUCGUGGAGCUGUGUCAAGCAGGGGCUGCUGGGAGUUGUGGUCCAAACCAGCUGCAGUGAUCCACUCUUUAGCCAGGUUGCAAAAGGCAGGUGGCAAAUGCCUUAAGGGAACGACUGCUGUGACGCUUCAUCCACCAGGAGGAACAAAUUAAACAGCUGCUCCUGUUCCGACAGCAAAGCGGGACUCUUUCUCUUGACACUUGUUCUGCAAAGGGGAAGGAAGCGCCUUUGGCGUCUUGCCGGGGGCUCAGUUUCCUGAUUUCCAAGCGAGACGGAGGCUCAGUCUGUGGCCUCUGCAGAAACAAGGAGGCUGCAACAGAAGUUCUCCAGGAGAGGACACAAUGUCCCCUCUGAGGCUUGGAAAGGGCUCUGGUGGGCGCCAGCUCUGGCAGCUUCCCUGCUUGCCUGCCUCAGGAUAAAUGCCACCCGGAUCCCAAAGGGCUGGUCCUUGUCAUCUGCAUCCAUUAAGGAAGGCGACGAAUGAGCCUCCGGCCAAGUUCAGUGGGUGCAGCCUGUAUCUUCUGAAAUACGCCUGAGCAGAGCAAUAUUUUGCAUCCCUGCAGGAGAGCAGGUGGGAUUUAGAGACUCAGCUGAGCAGCCCCAAAUUCUGCUAAGUGUUAUUAAUAAACCCGCCUGGGGUUCCAGGCAGGCUCUGCCUGUUCAGCUACUGCCUGCAGAAGCUUUUGGGUCUCAAUGCCCGGCUGGCCUUGCCCUGCAGAGAGGAUGCCAGGACCGGGGGGGGGCAAGGGCAAGCGCCCGCCGGACGCCUCCCUUCAGCAGCAGGAGAAUGCCAGCAAGCAGGGAGAUGGAUUUGGGUCGCCUUUGGGGUUGCGAUAUCAUGCAGACCUGCAGGGAGCAAAAUGUUUUCUGGUCGCUGUUCAGGCAGACAGCUUUCCCCCUCCUUGCCGUUUUUUUAUUUGAACGGGAGCUGCUCUUCAGCCUCGUUUCCCAGAGCAACGGUCGCAGCCUGAGAAUUGGAAGAAAUGCCACACAGGGUCAGGGACAAAUGGCUGCAGGUAGAAGCCCAAUGCCACAGGGAAACAGCUCGAUGGAAAUAAUAAUAAUAAUAAUAAUAAUAAUAAUAAUAAUAAUAAUAAUAAAUUUUAUUUACUGUAUUUUUUCCCUCCAUAAGAUGCACCUGACCGUAAGACGCACCUAGUUUUUAGAGAGGGAAAACAAGAAAAAAAAUAUUCUGAAUGAAACAGUGGAUGUAUGAUUUUUGUGGUUCAUGCUGUGGACACAGACAUGAUAUGUGAUUUGACUGUGAGUUUGGGGUGACCCAAUACAAAAAUCUUGAGGAUCCAUGUGGAUCUCUGCUCUGUAACCACGUUUUUGCGCCAUUGCGGCCCCACAAAACAGUGGGUGUGUGAUUUUUGGGUGCAGGCUAUAGCUAUGGACAUGCUUUGUGAUCUGAUGGUGAAUUUGGGGUGACCCAAUGCAAAAAUCCUGAGGAUACAUUGGCUUUUACCUCCCCCCUCCCUUUAUCUCUAGAGUCCCUUAUCUCUCUCCUGAUCCCUUGCCGAUCAGCUGUUUCCUUUCAAUAAUCCCUUCCCUCUUUCUAAAAAAAAAAAAAAAGCAUGAUCUGCUCUUCGCCCCUGGGCAAUUCGGCUCCAGGGACCACGCAUUUGCUCCAUAAGAAGCACAGACAUUUCCCCUUACUUUUUAGGAGGAAAAAAGUGUGUCUUAUGGAGCGAAAAAUACGGUCAGGGUGACUAACACCAGUAAAAUUACAAUAAAAACAUAACGGGGAAAAACCAAUUUAAAAUACAGGUUAAAAUGCAGUUUAAAAUGCAGUCUCAUUUUAAAAGUAGCCCAAAAAUCAAAACCAUAAGGGGUGGGAAACACAAGGGUCAGACCGAGUCCAAACCAAAGGCCAGGCGGAACAGCUCCGUCUUGCAGGCCCUGCGGAAAGAAGUCAAGUCCCACAGGGCCCUAGUCUCUUGUGACAGAGCGUUCCACCAAGUCGGGGCCAGUACUGAAAAGGCCCUGGCCCUAGUUCAGACCACUCUAACCAUUUUGCGACUUGGGACCUCCAAAGUGUUGUCAUUUGUGGACCUUAAGGUCCUCCGCGGGGCAGACCAGGAGAGGCGGCCCCGUGGAAGUGGAAUGGCGCUGGAAAUGGACUCUGCCAAUUUCUUGGGCAAACGGGGGACAGAAAGGGAAUGAAGUCGGUGACCAGGGAAGCCUCUCUGGGAAGGGAGUUUCACGGGGCCAGGAACGCAGCGUGUUCAUGUCAAAACUGGCAUAGCAUCCCCCCCCAUGGGCAACUAUUUUUCCUGUAUGUCCUUUUGCGCCAACUGCAGCUCCCAAGAAUUCUGCAGCAGAGGCCCCAGAGCCAGCGCCUUGCAGUAGUCUAGAGGAGGUGCAGCCCAGCAAGCACGGUGGACCUCAGGGGUCACUUGUCACCUGUCUGAAUUUGUUUACCUUCAUUUCAAGUGCAUCCCAGACUCAGAAGGGGGGGGGGGAACAUAAGGAAGAACUAAGAACAAAGACUUAGCACAUUGUUCUGCCUCUCCUUGCAAUUAUCUGCUUGCUGCUUCCACUCUCCUGCUCCUUCUUGCCCCUGGGACUUGGCUCUGGCCCCCAGGAGCCAGUCUAAAUCCUUCUCUUGUUGAAAGGCCUGGGGUGCCCCUGCCAAGAAGUGUGCUUCUUCCCGGGGGGGGGGCAGCUCCUCUUCUGCCAGGCAGGAGCCCCUCAGCUGCCCAGGGGAGGUCAGGGUCCAAGGCGUCUGUGUUGCCUGCCGUCUGCUUCCGCUCUUUGACUCCCUUGGAAGGCGGUGGGCUCUCCUUCGUUGGAGGUUAUUAAGUAGAGGCCGGGUGGCCACUCGCCAGGGUCUCUGGAGAUGUGAUUCCUGCUGUAGUGGGGGUUGGACUAGACGACCCACAGGGUCCUUCCAAACUUUACAAUUCUAUGCCUCGGUCCUGUAUACCUGAAGGAGCAUCUCCACCCCCAUCAUUCAGCCCAGACACUGAGGUCCAGCACUGAGGGCCUUCUGGUGGUUCCCUCCCUGAGAGAAGUGAGGUUACAGGAACCAGGCAGAGGGCCUUCUCGGUAGUGGCACCUGCCCUGUGGAACACCCUCCCACCAGAUGUCAAGGAAAUAAAGAACUAUGUGACUUUUAGAAGACAUCUGAAGGCAGCCCUGUUUAGGGAGGUUUUUAAUGUUUGGUGCUUUAUUGUGUUUUUAAUAUUCUGGGGAAACUCAGCCAGAUGGGCAGGGUAUACAUAAAUUAUUAUUAUUAUUAUUAUUAUUAUUAUUAUUAUUCUAAGGCCAGGCAGGUCCCCAGAGGACAUGUUGCCUCUGUGCACUUUUGGUCCCUCUCAGCCUCGGGGAGCCUCUGACCACCACUGCAUGUGCCCCUCCGUCUAUAGGCUGUCCUGUGGCGAAUGGUGUGCUGGGCCCCGGCUCCCACUCCAGCGGAAGAGCCUAGCCUCUCAUGCACAGACUGCCUCAUGGAAUCCCUGCUUUUCUGGGGGGGGGGGUCACACUCCCCCCCCACCUGCCUCUUCUGGCUCUGCAUCUCCCUUUCCCCUCCAGCCCCUUCGCCGCCUCUGCAAAUAUCUUUUCGUCUGCCUACCAGGAGGAAGGCAAACCUGGGUGCCAGGGGCCCUGCAAGCCUUCCCCCCCCCCCCUGCCCCCCCCCCCCCCGUGCUUGGAUCUCCAGGUGAACCCCCCCUCUCCCUGGACUCCUCCCCAGCCUUCCUGAUGGGUCCUCCUCUCUUUGCCCACCCAGCAAAUGGGGUCCUGACUUGAUGGCCCAGCUGUGGGCUUGGGCCCCAGUGAGAAGCCACAGCUGGCUGAGCAGGGUGACCCAGAUGAGGUGACUCAGCAGCCCAAGCAAAAGGGGGGGGAGGAGAUAUUUACAAAUAACGCCCCCAGCACACUUUUGCAGGCUGAGUCAGGUGUCUGAGCAGUCUCUGCAAGCGGGGGGGGGGGGGGGAGCCUCAAAUAGGUCACAGACUCGCCCACGUAUUCCCACCCCUUUUGUCUCUUAUGCCAGCCCUGUUCAACGACACCCCCCCCCCACUUUGGUUGCUUGCUUGCUCCCGGGGAAACAGAGAGCCCUCCCAUUCUGGAAGGGCCUUGCACUGCAUCCUGACAGCCCCGGGGACAAGGGUCUGGGCCGUGUGGAGCAGCCUCCCUGGUUCGCGGCUGAGGGUUGUCACAUUGCCACCAUCCCCACCGAAGAGGCUGAGAGAGGAGCUCUUGCUUGUGGCCGCGCAAUGAUGUAGACCUUCAUAAGUGCCGGCUGGAUCGGGCCCACCCAGCCCAGCUUCCUGUUCCCACAACGGCCAGCAAGUUGCCCCAAGGGAAACCCCCAAAUGGGUACAAGUCUUCUCCCCUCCUGUGGUUUUCGUAAGAACAUAGUAGAUGUUGUUGUUUAGUCGUUCAGUUGUGUCUGACUCUUUGUGACCCCCUGGACCAGAGCAGGCCAGGCACUUCUGUCUUCCACUGCCUCCCGCAGUUUGGUCAAACUCAUGCUGGUAGCUUUGAGAACACCGUCCAACCAUCUCGUCCUCUGUCGUCCCCUUCUCCUUGUGCCCUCCAUCUUUCCCAGCAUCAGGGUCUUUCCCAGGGAGUCUUCUCUUCUCAUGAGGUGGCCAAAGUCUCAGAGCCUCAGCUUCAGGAUCUGUCCUUCCAGUGAGCACUCAGGGCUGAUUUCCUUCAGAAUGGAGAGGUUUGAUCUUCUUGCAGUCCAUGGGACUCUCCAGAGUUUCCUCCAGCACCAGAAUUCAAAAGCAUCCAUUCUUCGGCGAUCAGCCUUCUUUAUGGUCCAGCUUUCACUUCCAUACAUCACUACUGGGAAAACCAGAGCUUUUACUAUACGGACCUUUGUUGGCAAGGUGAUGUCUCUGCUUUUUAAGACAUAGCAGAUAGCUCCAUCCAUAGAGACUCUCGAUCUCAGGGUCAUGGGUUUGAGUCCCAGGUUGAGCAAAAAGAUUCCUGUAUUGCAGGGGGUUGGGCUAGAUGACCCUCAGGUCCCCUUCCAACUCUGAUUCUGUAAGAAGAGCCUGCUGGAUGAGGCCAAGGACUCAUCUAGUCCAACACCCUCUAGUUCUUACGGUUGCUGACCAGAUGCCCAUUACGGGGAACCUGCAAGCAGGAUUUUUUCAGAAGUUGCCUUUAGGAGACAGAGAUGAACUCCUCUUCUGGCCUGUAAUGGGAUUUGAGUGCAAGAACCUUUUUCUCCCCUCCUGUGGCGUCUAAGUUCUGGGAUUCAGAAGCAUGGCUGUCUCUGACUGUGGAGGCGGAGCAGAGCCCUUGUGGUCAGUCGCCACCCCUAGCCCUCUCCUCCUCCAUGAAUUUGUACAAUCCUUCAACCAGGUUGGUUGAAGCCAUUGCUUCUUCCAGUGGCAGGGAGUUCCACCGUCUGACUCUGCCCUGCGUGAAGAAGGUCUUUCUCUGAGCUGUUCUAAUGCAUUGCCAGUGACGCAUUUGAUGCUCUUUGUGGGCCGCCUGUUUCCCCUUUUCCAGACACUUCUGUGAGAUUUAACACUUCUGUCUGAAACGGUGGAAUAAAUGCUCGAAAGCCCUUUAUUUCCACAUCUGCACCCCGUGCAUAAGAGCUUGGAGGACAAGCUUCUUGAUAAUCAAUAAUCACAUGUCGGUUGCCAGAUCAGGCCAGGGAGGAGGCAGGACUCCCGACAACGGCCUUGCAUGCCAGAGCAUGCAUGUUUCGGCGCAUGUCUGCAGACAUUCACACGUGUGUGACCAGCCGCUCAGAAGUGAAGGCAUCACAUGAUGGCAUGUGCUGGACCUGCAGCCUCUGAUGGGCAGAUUUACACCUAUCCCUGUCAUUAACUGGGAACAAAUGCUGGGCUGUCCUUGCAAAGUGUUCUCUGCAAUGUUUUCCUCUUCACCACGUGGGUCUGCGCAUGGAAUGUGGCUCUUUCUUCCUUCCUGAGCCACAACCCCCUUUAUCCUCCUUGGUUUUGCGGGGAAACUCAGCUACUUCCGCCUCUCUGGCGUUUCCAGCCAGUGAGAGGAGUCAUAGCAAUGACUGGCAUCUGGGAAGAGGGAUCCAGCCAAUAGACACGGAGAAAGCCAGAGCAAAACAAACAUUCCUCAAGCCUUUUCUGCUGGUCUUUCUGCUUCCUGCCUUGCAGAGAUUCAGCUCUGGGAUCCAGCAUUUUGGCGCAGACCCGGGUUGCACCUCAUACCCCAAAACAAAAACGUCUGCUAGUCUGUAAAUGUUUAAAAUGCACUGUUGAUGCCAAUGCAGAUGCGCUGGCCCAUCUGGCAGGUGGCUGAGAGAGGGCAGCUUACGCCAGCCCAGCAAAGUAGGCCACUUUUUCUUUUUCUUUCUUUUUUUUGUUAGAGCGUUUAUUAAUUUUCCAAUAAAAACAUCCAGUUAGCAUAUCAAAUCAUAAUCCAAAAAAAAACUAAAAUAAAAACAAAUCCAAUUGUAUUCUGAAUUUAAUUCUAAUUUUGCGACUUCCCACAGCCUGAACGUCAAAGCAACUCCAAGUCUCAGUCCUGCCUCUCACGAUAUUUCCAUAUUUCCAUCACUUUUUCUUUUUCCUGAACGGAGGGGGACAGGGCUGGUGCCGUGCUAUUCUUCAUUAUAUAUUUUAUAUUGUAUAUUAUACAUUUUUAAUUCUACCAAUGUUUAUUUGUUUUUAUUCAUCCCCCCCAUGUCUUUAGCUGUUCUUAUUUUAUCUGUAAGCUACUUUGAGUACCUGUCAGAGAAAAAGGCAGAGGAAUAAUAAUAAUAAUAAUAAUAAUAAUCUGGUGUCGUGGGUGGGGUGGGAUCGUGAAGUCAUUUGCAGGAGGAGUGCAAUUAAUGAAGGGCUGGAGCAGAGGCGGGGGGGGGGGGGAGGGAGGGUUUCAGCAGUGACCAGAUGGGUGAUGUCUGGAUGGGUGCACAGCAGAAGGACCCCAUUGCCCCUGGCAGAAGGGCAGACCUGGAAGAGGAGGUUCUGCGCUGUGAUUCCUGGCUAGAUGCUCUUUGGGGACCCCUCCCUCCUCACUCGGCGGCGACGCCGGGAUCCGUUCACGAUGAGCAGAGCUUGCAGGGCUGUUCUUCCGCAGGCGGGUUUUCUGCAUUGCGAGGAGGGAGAGAUGGGUUUGGGGGGAGAGAUGCAGCCGGGGGGGGGGGGGGGAGGCGGACGGAGCGGCUUGGAAGGGGGGAGGGCGUGCGGGGGCGGAGCUCUUUCCUCCCCCCCCCCCGGUCCCCGAAUGACGCGCGAGCCCAACUGCGCAGCCCCUCCGGAUCCACGACUGACGUCCGGACAGGCGGGCGUCACUCACCCCCCUCCCCAAAUCCCCCGGACGUUUCUCCAGGCGCCAGCAGCCUGGCACGGGGGGGGGCACCCUCGCCUUCCCUCGCCUGUGAUGGGGGAGGGUCUUGGACCCCCUGUCCUCAGAUCUCCCCCCCCCCCAAUGCUUCCCGGCGCCGAGUCAGUUCUGCUCAGAGGCGACCCGUUGAAAUGAAGGGACCCAACUCAGUCCCGUUGCUAUUAUCAGCAGGGGACCAGUGGGUCUACUCUUGAGUAGAACGUGGAUCCCACGCGAAAGACCUUCACCAGAGGCUUUGAAGCAGAGGUCGGGGGGGGGGGCGCUUGUCAUGGGUGCUCUAGUUGGGAGUCCUUCCUUGCAGGGGUUGGGCUGGAUGACCCUCGGGGUCCCUCCCCAGGCUCCAUUCUGUGACUCUACACCUCCCAAUUUGCUUUUCUCUUGGUCUCCUGGCUGGAGCCCUAAGAGAAACCCCUCUUGCUCCUCUUCCGCCUCUCGAAGCGUCUCCACGGCAGGGUUAGGACCAGCUCCUCAGGACAUGGGGGGACCCCCCCCCCGGAUGCCCCCAAAGCAAGUGGGAGAGAGAGGGACACAGGGGUAGCUCAGCUGGUAGAGCAGAAGACCCUUAAUCUCAGGGUUAAUCCAUGGUGAACUGACGCCUUCUUGCUAACUUUUUUUGUCUGGUUUUACUGCUGCAAACUGCUUUGAUCAUUUGUCCGUGACACAGAGGCAUACAAGUCUUUUUACAAAUAAAUACGCCAUCCAGGUGCCGAUACUGAAAGGCCUUGAUGGGGCUUUGCACAGUCGCAGCAGGGGAGACUGCAGAAGACAGCAGCCGGGGUCUGCAGCUUGUGGGACUCUCUGCCACAAGAUGCGGCCCCCAGUGACUCCGAAGCCUUUCCCAGGAGGAGAGGGGGCUCUGGUCAGCUGAGUGAGUCAAGGGGGCUCCUUGAGGCAGCUCUUGCCCCAUAGCCCCAGGGGCUUCAGGGGGACCCAUCUCACUCCCUUCCCCCCAGGAGGGCAGAGCUGAAGGGCCAGCAGGUGCCUCUGAGCAGGGAUGGCUUUCUGAGAGGGACUCCCCAGCUAAGAAACCAGGCUGCUGUGUGGCAUCUGGUGUCACACGCGGAUGAUUGAUGCCCUUGAUGAGGCAGGCUUUGUUGCAAGGGGGGAGGCGGAUUGGGGCCCCAGAGAUCUCUGCUGACCUGCUGAACUCUGGCACAGAAUCCAGAAGGCAAAGGAAAAGCUCAGAUCCUUCCGCCAAGUGGCCUCGGCUGCCCUCCAGUGGCCAUCAUGGAAUUGUACGGGUUGAAAGAGACCGGGAGGAUCGGCUGGUCCAGCCCCUGCAAUGCAGGAAUCUUUUGCCCAGCGUGGGGCUCGAACCCGUGAGCCUGAGAUAAUAAAUAAUAAAUAAUAAUAAUAAUAAUAAUAAAUUUUUAUUUAUAUCCCGCCCUCCCCAGCCGAAGCGGGGCUCAGAGCGGCUAACAACAGUAAAAAUAACACAGUUUAAUAAAAUCACAAUCAAUUAAUUGAAAUACAUUCUAAAAUCAAUUCAUUCUAAAAUCAAUUCAGAAUCAAAUUAUUGGCAACCAUUAGGCUAGAGUUCUGUGAGGAUCACCAAAGGAGGGGGUCAGACUGUGCCCUGGCCAAAGGCCAGGCAGAACAGCUCUGUCUUGCAGGCCCUGCGGAAAGAUGUCAAGUCCCGCAGGGCCCUAGUCUCUUGUGACAGAGUGUUCCACCAGAUUGGAGCCACAGCCGAAAAAGCCCUGGCUCUGGUUGAGGCCAGCCUAACCUCCCUGUGGCCUGGGACCUUCAGGAUGUUUUUAUUUGAAGACCGUAAGGUCCUCCAUGGGACAUACCAGGAGAGGCGGUCCCGUAGGUACGAGGGUCCUAGGCUGCAUAGGGCUUUAAAGGUUAAAACCAGCGCCUUGAACCUGAUCCUGUACUCCACCGGGAGCCAGUGCAGCUGGUAUAGCACCGGGUGAAUGUGAUCUCGCAGCGAGGACCCCGUAAGGAGUCUCACUGCGGCAUUCUGCACCCGCUGGAGUUUUUGGGUCAGUCUCAAGGGCAGCCCCACGUAGAGCGAGUUACAAUAAUCCAUGCAGUCUGGAGGUGACCGUCCCUUGGAUCACAGUGGCGAGGUCAGGGUGAGAGAGGCAAGGAGAUGAAGCGUCUCAGGCUGUACUGACUGAGCUACCCCACUGCAGACUGGUCAGACAGCAGGGCCUCUGUGUUGGGGGGUCUUCUACGGGGAGACAGCCAGGAGCAAGAUUUGGAGCAGAGCAACAGGGGCAGAUUCCUCAGCUUCUUAAGAGAUCUUGCAAGGCCCCUGCGGCUGCAAAGCUGCUCUGUGGACUUUGCUGCCUUCAGACAGGUUUUAUUAUCCUUCAGUCAAUUUUUGAUGUACCAAAUGGUGUCCCCCACGCUGCCCUGUGCCAUGAAACAAGCCAAAAACUUUUAGGCUGCGGCUGCAUUACUGGGCUGAACAUAACAGCCUGGUUACGGACAAGUUAGCUGAAUACCAACUAUUGGGAUGGUUAAGUGGGAUUGAGAAUAAAAUGAGAGAGGAAUCUCACCAGACACCUUGUGCAGCUUGUCCGAAAAUUCCAUGUUUGAGAUAAUCCAAUGCAGAUUGUUAAGACAACAGAGUCCAAUAAAUUGGCAGCCAAAUUGGGAAGAACACCUGGACAAGUCUGGGGAUUGUGAGAAGCCAGGGCUGACUUUUCUCUCCCCUUGGACAAACCCAAAUGGAUGCAGGGCCAAGAUGCCGGCGAGACUGAAUGGCUUGCCCUCAGCAGCACUCCAGGGGAGAUUCCAGAAAACAGCACUGGCAGGAAGAAUGUGUCUCUCUGGACAGAGACAAAUGGAAUCAGUCUUGCAUGUUCUUUUGCACUGACCCUGGUAUCUGACAGUUCGAUCUAUGUUUAUUCAUCAGUUGGUUGCUAUUAGGGAGUGGAAUUUGGACAAAUGCAAGGUGGCCUUCCUUAUGUUUACUCAGGAUGGAGGUAGUAGCCAAGUUUCUGCAACCUGCAGUGAGGAUUUGUGAAUGCUAGAUGGCACUAACUUGAGUGUCAGAUGCAGGGUAUUUUUAUGGGAUGUUUUGUAUUGAACCUUCCUGGAAUCUUGUACAGUGGUACCUCGGGUUACAGACGCUUCAGGUUACAGACGCUUCAGGUUACAGACUCCCCUAACCCAGAAAUAGGACCUCGGGUUAAGAACUUUGCUUCAGGAUGAGAACAGAAAUCGUGCAGCAGCGGCGCGGUGGCACCGGGAGGUCCCAUUAGCUAAAGUGGUAAAGGUAAAGGUAAAGGUAUCCCUGACCAUUAGGUCCAGUCGUGACCGACUCUGGGGUUGCGGUGCUCAUCUCGCUUUAUUGGCCGAGGGAGCCGGCGUACAGCUUCCGGGUCACGUGGCCAGCAUGACUAAGCCACUUCUGGCGAACCAGAGCAGCGCACAGAAACGCCGUUUACCUUCCCGCCGGAGUGGUACUUGCGCUUUGACGUGCUUUCGAACUGCUAGGUUGGCAGGAGCAGGGACUGAGCAAUGGGAGCGUACCUCAGGUUAAAAACAGUUUCAGGUUAAGAACGGACCUCCAGAACGAAUUAAGUUUGUAACCCAAGGUACCACUGUACACAUGCCAAUGAAGGCUUGAGAAUCAGCGUCACUCCAGUGGGCUGAGUCUCUGUGAAGGGGCUCCAGGAGUGACCCACUUUUCCCGAACCUGGAUGGGUCGCUGUGCCUCCGUGCAUCUUCAGAGGCCGCCUCUCCCGGCCAAAGGCAAACUGGACUUUCACAUGCAAAGAGGCCCCUCGGGCAAGUGGCAAAGUUCAAGGGGAGGAGCUUGCGCCGCUCUGUGUGGACGUUGGCCUGGGAUCCAACAAGCCAGCUCUACGUGGCAGCUUCCGGUGGGUAGGAAAUGGCAUGUGCCACCUUCUGCAAACCUCGGAUUGGCCACCAAUGCCCAGCGUAUGCCCAGUAUACAGGGAGGCUGUGAGCUUCUGCCUGGGGAUUAUUUUAUUUCCUAAAUUUUAUACACCAGUUGCUGGGAAAAACAAAUCAACCCCAAUCUCCAUAAAUAAAACAGAAUUAGCCGUAGGAAAAAUUAGCAACAAUUUAAAACUUUCAAAGUGUUAAAAUAACAACAGACAACCCCCCCCCCCCAGUAAAGCUCACAUUAGCUUCGUAAGCAACUGGAAGGUUUAUCCAAAUACAAAUGUUUUUAGCAGGUGCCAGAAAGAUUGCAGUAAAGGCACCUGCUUGCUAUCAAUAGGCAGGGAGUUCCAAAGCGUAGGUGCCAAGAUCACGCAAAAAGAUUAUGUGGUACCUGUAACAGCUGUGGCAUUACUCAUGUGCAGGGGGUUCUUCUGGUGAAAGCUGCCCCAGACAAAUGCACUUGAGCUAAAGAUGUUGCUCCUCAGAGGAGGCAGAGACAGCUGUCCAUCCUCCUUCACCUCUUCCACCCAGAAGCUUCUAUGCACUGGCUGUUGGCAGAAGCAACGCUUAGUGAGAGCUCCCUGCUUUCAUAGAAUCACAGAAUUGUAGACUUGGAAGGGACCCCCGGGUCAUCUAGUCCAACCCCCUGCAAUGAAGGCACCUCAGCUCAAGCAUCCACGACGUCCAACCUCUGCUUAAAUACCUCCAAGGAAGGAGAGUCCACAACCUCCCAAAGGAGACUGUUCCACUGCCCGACAGCUCUCUUAUUGUCAGAAAGGUCUUCCUGAUGUUUAGUCGGAAUCUCAAUGCUUGUAACUUGAAGCCAUGGGUUCGAGUCCUGCCCUCCAGAGCAGGAGGCUCUUUUGUGUGCAGACGGUCCCAGGUGAGUGACAGCCCCUCGCCAGAGGAAAGGCCCCUGGGCUGCGUGGAUUAACCUUUCCUUGACCUGGGGGGGCCUUAUCUUUGCGCAGAGCUGGCCGGGCUCCGGGCUGGGCCUCGACGGUCCAGCAGAGGGUGCUGUUGCAUUAGGAAAGAAACGGCUCGGGGGUUCGGAAGGUCUGGGGCUGGGUUUGGGGGUGGGGGCUAAUGGGUGCCCGUCCCUCCUGGCAGAGGCCCGAGCUCGGGGGGCCUGGUUUGAAGUCUCCAGAACUGGCCCCACAGCGAGCCUUUCUGGAGUGGAUCUCGCCCGCAGCCUCUCAGACGGCCGAGCCCGGUUUGCCUUUCCGCUGGCCCCACCGCGCCCCAGGGCUGGGUGGCCCGACGGCUCGCCCUCUUCCUCGGCUACCCCGCCUUGGGAGCCGCGCCGCUGCCGGCCCGCUCCGUCUUGGGCGAGGCCGCCUUCCCAGCUGCGCGCCGUCGGGCCUCCGCUCCGGGCAGGGCGGGAUCCGCGCCAGAGUUUGCGAGGCGCUGUCGGGGCCAGGCCCGGGCACGUCGCUGCCUGGCGCGGGCUGCGAUGCGCGAGCCAGAGGAGGCUCUGCCAGCGACGGGGCCAGGCCAGCGCGGACGCGGCGGCGGCGGGGGCAUGGGGCGCGGGGCCGCCGGGGCCCGGCCGUGAGCGCCGCGGGGAUGCGCAGCAGCGGCAGCAGCCGGCCAGGGCGCGCCGUCGAGGAUGGCUGCCGAGGGCUGGCGCUGGCGUGAAGCGGGUCGCCCGCCGGGGACCCCCGCGCGUGCCCGCGCCGCGCCGUCAGCGUGUGCGAGUCGCUGGACCUGCAAGGCGUGCCCGCCGUCCAGGCGGCCCUCAAAGCGGCCGAGCGCCAGCGCCAGCGCCCCAAGAGCCUCUGCUCGGUGGGCAACGGGCUGGCCGUCGGGCCCCUCGGAGCCGCCCGGCCCCCGACGCGAGCGCGCAGCGGCUUCCUGGACUUCCUGCGCCUCCGCUCGCCCCGACGGCACGACGACGAAGGGGCGCCGCCGCCGCCGCCGCGCCCGGCCAGCGCCGCCUUCCUGCCGGCCGAGGCGCCCCCGACGGAGCCCGGGGGUUCCUGCGCGGCGGCUCGCUGUGGGGCAGCCGGCGCUGGAACCUGUUCGGCGCCCGCGCCGACGGGGCGCGCAAGGGCCUCAGCUCGCUGCGCAAGAGCUUCAGCUUCCGCCUGCGCCGCGGCCACGAGCUGCACCGCUCGGGCUCCGGCCUGCUGCGCCCCGCGCGCCUCCGCACCCGCAGCGAGGGCGACGCCAGCUCCCUGCACACCUUCCCCAGCAAGCGGGACCUGCUCUACCCCCGACGCCGCGCAGCCCCGCGGGGACCGGGCGCGCCCCGACGGCGGCGGCGGAGGAGCAGGCAGCCUCUGGAAGCUGCUGGCGGGCCGCCUCCGGCGCCGAGAGCGCUGCGCGGGCCGCUCCUUCAGCCCCCUCGACCCCCGCGCCAGCCCCGCCAGCGCCCUCUGGAGCCUCCCGGGGGCCGAGCCCGUCCUCGUCUCGGUGGGGAGCCGCCGCAGCAGCGGGAGGGCGCCCGGUAAGGACGGAGAAAAGCCGGGUGGGUGAGGGGGGGGGGACACCCCUGAAGCAGACCAAGGCUGUGAUUUUCUCUGGGGGGGGGUCUGGGGAGGUGGACGGUAUUCUAUUUAAUGGAUUUCUUUGUUGCAUAUGUAUCCCACUCGUUUCCCCAUGCAGCUGGAGGUGGCCUGCCUAUUCCUCCUCCGCCCCACAACAGACCUGCUAGGUAGGCUGGGCGCUGAGGAAGUGACUGGCCACUUCAUGGCUGAGCGGGUGGAUUUGAACCGUGGUCUCUCCCAGGUCCUCCUCUGACCACUGAAGCAGAGGUUGGCUGGUCAGUUUAAUAAAGUUAAACUGUGGAACUCCCUGCCACAAGAGAUAGGGAUGGCUGUAAAAGAAUUCAUGGAGGAGACGGCUUUUAAUAGCUACCAGCCAGGAUGGCUCUGUUCUGCCUCCACAGUCAGAGGCAGCAGUGCACCUGAAUCCCAGUUGCUGGAAUCCCAGGCGGGGACAGCAUUGCUCUUGAGUUCGAAUCCCGGUUGCUGGUUUCCAUUUGAGGCCUCUGGUUGGCCACUGUGAGAACAGGAGGAACUUUCUGGCAGUAAGAGCUUUUAGUCAAGGGUCCUUUUCUCCUUCCUUGGAGGUUUUUAAGCAGAGCUUGGCUGGACACCUGUCAUGGAUGCUAUGGCUGAGAUUCCUGCCUUGCAGGGGGUUGGACUGGAUGACCCUCGGGGUCCCUUCUGACUCUACAUUUCUGUGAUUCUAUGACCCUAACCACUGCUCCACCACUGGCUCUGGGGCAUCGUAGCUCAGUGACAGAACACCCGCUGCGCAUGAGGAACGUUCCCGGCUCAGGCCCCACCGGCAGCUGCACGCAGGACUGGGAACGCCUCCGGUGCUGCCAGUCUGGGUUGGCAAUGCUGAGUAUAGAGUGUUCAAAGGCAGCUCCUUCCUGUGUGUUUUCCUCCUGCCCCCUUGUGUGGUCUAUGCUUAAACUCUCGUUUGCAACUUUUUAGCCCCACGUACAGUAUGCUGAAAUAAUUAUGAUGAUUGCAACUUUGACUGGUUGUCUACCCAGCAACCCUGCAGAGGAGGCUGCUAGCAUUCUUAUCUGAGACCGGGCUUGCUGGAGGGCAGCUGGCAGGAGUCCACGCCCUUUUCUGGGGGGUAUUUAGACCCAGUGGCAACCUGCAGACCCCACGAGAGCCGUUGGUCGAAGUCCCACUGUGGCCAAGGAGCAUCCCUUGGCUGGGCUGGGGAGAGAUUUUGAGGCUGUGCCAGGAGGACUUUUGCCCUUGGUGCCAAUGUAGCUCUGGAGGGAGGCUGGACAGCCAAACUCUCUUGCUGGGGGGUGGGGGGGAGCGCUUAGCUGGAGUCUGCCUAGAAGCUGGCAAGGGAGGGGCAUGGAAGUGGCGUGGUUUGCAGCGGGAGGGGACUUCCUUUAAAAAGAUUCUCUUCUCACUGAACCCACCCUGGACGCUUUUUAGCAGAGGUUGGAGGGUCGCUUGUCAGGGAUGCUUCAGCUGUGACUCCUGCCAGGGUGGAUUUGAUGGAAAUCAAAUCGAUUUAAAUCACAAUUUAAAUAACUAGUCAGUAAGACUUGAUUUAAAUCUCUCUUUUUUUAACAGAAGGACUCAUUCUCUCUGGUAUAAUCUUAAUAUUUGCAACCAGGUGAAGGUUUCAUUUUUGGAAUAAUAAAUUUUCAGAGUAGUUUUUACAGUUAUAUUAAAAAAUACUGAUUUCGUUAUACUAUCAGAAAUACAUAGAUAAUUAGGAAAUUAUUGUGAGGUUUAAUCAGUUAACUGCUUAUAUUUGGACAGCUUUUCUGCUGUACUUUAUUGGAAGGAGAAAAAUAAUCAUUUCCUUAAUAACAAUUUAAAUAGUUUAUUUGACUAAAACAAUAAUAUUAUAACUUAUGUAUCCAUGUUUGUUAACUGAUGUGGUUAAACAAUCAAUAUAUAUACACAUAUAUAUACAUACAUACACACACACACACACACACAUGUGUGUGUGUGUGUAUAUAUAUAUAUAUAUAUAUAUAUAUAUAUAUGAGAGACUGAAUGAAAAACAAAACAAAUCCUUAUUUCCUGAUGCAUAGCCUUUAGACCAGGCAUAGGCAAACUUGGCCCUCCAGAUGUUUUGGGACUGCAACUCCCAUCAUCCCUAGCUAACAGGACCAGUGGUCAGGGAUGAUGGGAAUUGUAGUCACAAAACAUCUGGAGGGCUGAGUUUGCCUACACCAGCUUUAGACUAUAAUGUAACUUAAACAGAAAACUAUCUUUAGAAAGAUUUUUCCUCCAAAAGCAUUUUAUUUUAAAAAUCCAAUUUAAAUUUUAAAAAUCCAUUUUUUUAUUUUUUUUUAAAAAUCAUUUAUUUUUAUCCACCCUGAUUCCUGCAUUGCAGGGGGUUGCGCUAGAUGCCCUCUGGGGGUCCCUUCCAACUCUGCGAUCCUUUCCCUCUGGCUGCUCACAGACCAACCCCAGACAAGAAGCCAAGGGCAGGCAGGAAUGCAGAGGAUAUUUAGUGAUGGCCAGGAAUGUGGAUGUGGGAGUCUCCGCCACCUUGGGGCCCCAGAAUGGAAAGAGCCAUUCUCCCUCCUCUCUCCAAGGCCAGAUGUGCAGAGCGCCUGGAGCACAGCUGCCUCUGAGCCGCCACAGCCCUGCACCCCACAGCUUGGCCACAUAGGCAGCCUCUGCUGCCGCUGCAGGUUUCUGCACGGCUGGGUGGUUAGAGACCCCAGCAGUGGGCCAGGUGGGGGGACAGGACAGGCCCCUCGACCCCCCCAGGCAGCUUCAGGUAGAGGACGCUUCGUUUGGACUGCAGACUCUUGUUUUCCCUGGCAAACACCUGGCUAUUAAUCCGUGGCUCGGUGGGCAGUGCAUCUGCCUGGGCAAGCAGAAGACCUCUGUCCAUAGCUGUCAACUUUUCCCUUUUCUUGCAAGGAAUCCUAUUCGGAAUAAGGUAAUUUCCCUUAAAAAAAGGGAAAAGUUGACAGCUAUGCCUCUGUCUCCACUGCCCCUCCAGGCAGCGGUGGGCGAGAGAUUCUCCGCCUGAAAUCCUUGAGCGCUGCUGCCAGUCCGUGCCGGCAGUAUGGAGCUGGAGGGGCCCCUGCUCUGACUCUGUACAAGGGAGCUGCCCACUCCCCCCUGGUUUGCUGCGAGUGGCUCCUUCAAAACAUGAGGUCCUUGGCUGGGACAGAAGCUAAAGCAGAGGAGCUGCUGGGGGGAAGGGGGAGCAGAGGGAAGAGAGUCAUGAGCAGUGCUAGGAAGUCAGGUGCACAAUCUAAUUCCCAAAUGGUACCUUAAACCUGAGUACGGUCGCCAUCAUGGAAUGUCUAGGUGCCUUUUCCCAAUGAAUUAUUAUUAUCAUCAUCAUCAUCAUUAUCAUCAUUAUUAUUACAGUUGUUUGUUGGUUUUCAAACAGCUUAGUUCACAAACAACUUGGAACUGGAACGUCACAAACCUGGAAGUAGGUGUUCUGGUUUGUGAACUUGGCCUCAGAAGCUGAACGUCCGGCGCCACUUCUGCGGCUUCCAAUUGGCUGCAGGGUGCUCCUGGAGCCCAUCGGAAGUCGCACCUUGGUUGUCGAACAUUUUUGGAAGUUGAACGGACUUCCGGAACGCAUUCUGUUCGAAAACCAAGGUACGACUGUAAUUCUGUUUCUAUGCCACUUUAUAUUUUAAAUAACAAAUCUCAAAGCUGUUCACAACACAAUUAAAACAUCGUAUAAAGCAACCCAGAAUAAAACUAAUUCCAGCUUCAAGGAAAAUAUUUCAGCUCACUUGGCUUUCCCCCAUUCACCAACCCGGCACUCAGAGAUCUCCAUGUGGUCACAGUCGGAUGCGCGCCAGUUGCAAAACACGCCCGGGAGAUUUCCGUCACUGGCCAUGGGAGAACUUCCUGGCUCUCAAUGUUGGGGGGGGGGGAGUUUGAUCCUCUGAGGUUUCCCGGGGACCUGGCCAGAUCUGCAUGCAAUAAUGGGCAGACUAGUCAUGGCGGUGGUCCAUAUGGGGAGGGGUCAAGAGGCUCUGACGAAGCACAGGCCCAAUGAUUUGGGGCGGGAGGUGAAGUGGGUCAGGGACAGCACCUGGGGUCAGGGCCCAGAGAGGAGGCCCCAGGCUCUAUCUGCCCCCAUCCUGGCACCCCAAAGUAGCCCCCAAGAGCAGACUUCGAAAUUCGCCAAGUGCCAGGUGCAUUUUGCACCUGGAUUUUGGCCACUUGUGACCAAGUGAGGAUGCCCCGGUGCCAGGAUGGGGCCUGACAUGCCUACACCAUGUGGGGAUCCUUGGGUUGGGACUGUUUUCACACGCUAAGACCCCGUCCUGUAGAAUUCUAUCUGUGAUAUUUUAUCUGCAGAAGCAGAAUAAAUUUCAGGAACCCAAAUGUCAUACUGAAUAAUACGACUUUUGAGCUGUCAGGCCCCCAAAUGACAACUAGGCAAUCCAUUUUGGCGACUGUCAGCCUGGUUUAAGGGGCCAUUUGCCGCCUCGCUGAUAUACCUGAGUUUCUAACCCUGGUUUCAGGCCCUGGGGUCUCUUAUUGGGAGAUUCUGCUGGGGGUUGAGGGUGGGGUCCUCUGCAUGCUCCAUAGCCCUGAGGUCCAGUGGCCUUCCUGAGAUGUCUGGAGGGAGCCUCUGGUGGGAAGAUGCUGGGUGGAGGCAGGAGGGGCCAAGUGGGAAGGAGAUUUGGCACAGGAAGGGCAGGUAGACGUCAGAGGGACGUGCCUGGGCACCAGCCGGUGGGUGAGGUGAGGUCAUCAUCGCCAGGGAUGGCAAGCCAAGCCAAGGAGCUGGGCAGGAGGCCAAACCGGGAGCGUGUGUGUUUUGGGUGGGGGCAGGGAUGUCAGGCAACACCUGCGCCCUGUGGAGAGAAGGAAGGGGGCAGGAGGGGGCCGUAGGGCUGGCACAAACCCCUGCCUGAAACCCUGGAGAGCCAAAUGCCCCCCCACUUGAAGAUUUCCAAGGGUCCUGGCAGACAACCCAAUGCCUAUUACGCUUGUUGCAGCCACUGCAAUGCCGAGUGAUUUCUAAUUGCGUUUUUAUCCCUCCUUUUCUUUAAAACAUACUACAUUUUAUUGCAUUGCCGCUGCAAUUCCACAGAAUUCAGGUUUUGCUAGUGUUCCUGGCAGAAAUGCCCGGGUCCCCCUGUGCGAAGCCUGGGGGGGGGGGGGCUGGGGUCGUCAGUCCUGCGCUGCAUAGAUGGACUCACAGCCUGACUCUGCGCCAGGCGGCUCCCUCCGUUCCACGGUCCCAGUCUGGGCUUUCCUGCAUUUCCUUUCCUUUGGAGCUCCCUUUUUGCAGCCUCCCCACCCAGGCACCUUAACGGGAACCUGCAAGUCAGGAUUGUGCCGCCUGAUGCAUGUUGAUGGCCGUCCACGAAAGCUGGUUGUGCCGUGAGGAAUUUGUUAGCCUUCAAGGCCAUACGGCUCCAAAAUUUUAUUUUUCAAAUGACGGACUGACUGAUUGAUUCUCAGUGAAACAUCUGGCUAGUUCAGAGGGUUAAGAUUUUUAAAAACAGGGUUAAGAUUUUUCAAAACUUAAAGAAGUCCUUUGAUCCAGGAACCAUCUGCAGAUAUAGCCUAUUCAAGCGUAUUUUUCUUAAUGCUGACCAUUCAUAAUGUAGGAAUAUUCUUCACAUAUAUGAGCAGGGCUGGUCCGGGGGGGGGGGGGGCAAAUGAAGACAAGCAAUACAGUAAUUCACUACAAUGUUGUUCGCUGCUCCUGCUCAGGCUGCCCAGAAAAAGCAUUUUGGUUACAGAAGUUCAUUCCGAUUGUGCAGAUAAAAUAUCACAGAUAGAAUUCUGCAGGACGGGGUCUUAGUGUGUGAAAACAGUCCCCAUCCAAGGAUCCCCAGGUGGCAGAGAUGUCAGGCCCCAUCCUGGCUCACGGGCAUCUUCACUUGGUCGCAGGUGGCCAAUAGCCAGGUGCAAAAUGUGCCAGGCGGAUUUCGAACCCUGGCCACUAGUCAGGAUGUCUAGGCUCUGCCUGCACAGUCUUCUGUAGCAGUGUAAGACAAAAGGCUGAAUUGAGAUGCAAAAUAAAUCUGAGGCUGCACUGCAGGUGCCCAGUGUGUCUCCCUCCUCCCCCAGCCUGGGCAAAGUGGUGCAUCUUCUCCCACCUGUGAGGGCAGGUGCAUGGCAAGGCGAGAGCCCCACCCCAGGUGUCUCUUUAGGCCAGAAGGCCGUGAUUUCAAACAGAAUGGGACAAAUGGUUGGGGCCGCGUCACAAAAAAGCACGCAUGACUUGACACCUCUCUAGCAUCCAAGGGCAUCUUUUUAAAACAAGCAAGCAAACCAUGUUGGAUUAAUCUUCAACCCAAAUUGGGUGCCGUUAUAAAUGAGCCUCUCAAAGCAAUUUUGAAUUGUAGGGAGACUCUCUGAAGUGGCCAGAGAGGCUUUGGGGUUGCUGCAAAGAUGCUGCAGUCUCUCAGUUGUGGCUUUUGACAGUUUUCCUUGUUCCGUUUGAUGCAAUGGUCUCAAAUGAUGGGUAGCUGUUUUCACUCACAGAUAUUUUAAAUGCUGUUGUGUAGUGCUUCUCUAAUAUAGCAGUAGCUGACUUUUGCAGUUUUGAUUGUCUCUGGGUCAUUCCUGGAGGAGCAAGUGCCGUUUUGAAACACACAGAGCUGUAAUAAACCUUAAUAGCCACCACUUGUGAGAACAUGUUUCUCUUCUUUGCUUUCUUUGAUUAUUAUUUUUUACCAGCGGGGGCAAAAAUGCCCAUUUUGCCAUGAAAGCCGAUUCCCAUAUUUCUCCUCCGCCCUCUUUCAUGCCCCCCCCUUGUGGGUUUUCUGUGUAACCUCCAAGCCUUUGUGUGUAAUAUUCUUGCUGUUACCCGUAGGAAGUUAAUUCCUCGAGUUCCUCGUAGUUCUCUAGAGUGAGGCUUGAGCAGCGAAGGAGCCAAGUUGCGGGUCAGGAAAACAACAAGGAAUGGUGUUUGUUGGACUGAAGUCAGUGCACCCCUUUCCAUCUCAGUCCCAGGGCAGAAUUGCAACGCAACAGGCAGUUCUGAGAUUCUGCCGGGGGGGGGGGGGAAAGGAUGUAUAUUUGGCUACUGUCCAAAGGGCCCUAUGUUUUCAUUCAUUCAUUUAGAACAUUAUAAUCCACUUUUCCUCCCAAGGAGCUGAAGGCAGCACACACAGUUCCUCCCCAUCCCAUCCCAUUUCACCCUCACAACAAUCCUGUGAGGUAGAAAUUGUUAUUAUACUUACGGAUAAAAAAUGCAGCACAGAGAUAAAACAGAAAAACUAAAAGCAUGGAAAGAAAGAUGAUCAUCAAAAAGUAUUAAGCCUGUAUAGAAUUUAAACAAUAUAAAAAACAAAUCUAUUAAAAAUGCAAAUAGCAACAGCCCAAGAAACGUCAGCGCACCAGGCCUGUCUAUGAAAGCAGCCAGAUCCUGAAGGCCUGUCGGAAUAAAGGAGGGAGCCUAGUGGGCGGUUGAAGCUUGAAUUAUAGAGUUGGAAGGGACCCCAGUGGUCAUUUAGUCCAACCCCUGCAAUGCAGGGAUGCAGGGCACUGGGGGUCGGGGACAUGGGUGUGCUGGAGGGUGCGGGUGCCUUCGGCUUCUAAUCCUGCCAUUCCCAGUUCUGGGAUAACUGGCUCAGGUUCAUGUUUUGUGGGGAGGCUGUUCUCCCCGAUCUGCAUAUGAAUCUUCCAGAUAUUUGCAUUUGAAUAUUGCAUUGUUGCUCUUUUCUGCGUGGGAAAAGGAAGUCAGAAUGUGUUGAGGUAACUGAGGUGUGUCCUUGGGGUUGCCUGUGCAGUUCUGUGUGUCUCCAGGAGGUCAGUCUGCUCUGACUCAGUUUCCCUAAAUCCUCCCCCAGGUUCCUGGCCCUCAUGAAGGAGUUGUGAAUCUAAGCAGGUUUGUUUGUUUACUUGUUGCCCACCCUUCACCCCAAGGUCCCAAGGCGGGUUGCAACAUUAAAAUGCAAUAUUCAAUUGCAAAAAACAAGGUGGAUCCUAAAAGCAUACACUUCCCAUGGGGUGUCCUCAGCUUUUACCAGAAGCUGGAUAGUGAGGGUGCCAGACCCACCGCUGCAGAGAGUGCCACGGUUUAGGGGCCACCACAGAGAAGGCCCUCUUCCCCUUAACUGCCACCCCAAACCAGCCCCCGAGAGGGUCUGCAGGGAAGGAGUUACCCUUUCAGAUACGGGGGGGGGGGGGCUGAGUCAUUCAAGGCUUUGAAGGUGUGUUGGGGGUCGGAGACCCUUUUGCCUGCCUGCUUGGCAUCUGGUCCAGAUAGGACCCCAGCCUCCCCCGGCCCCCAGUUUGGGUCUUACGAAAGAGCUGUGAGGGUAAGAGCAGUUUGGCUUUGGACCAGUCUCCUUCGGAGGUUUUAAACCUUUGUUGGAGGUUAUUAAGCAGAGAUUGCAUGGCUUGGCUUGAGAUUCCUGCAUUCCAGGGGGUUGGGCUGGAUGACCCUCGGGGGUCCCUUCCAACUUGAAAGUUAUUUGAUUGCAUGGCCAGGUUUGGGUUUCUGCAUAGAGGCUGCGGAGGAAGAGGUGAUGGCAGAAGUUGGGGGGGGGGGCUCUGCGCAAGAGACCGGCUCAGCCUGUCUGGGCAGGGCUGGGGCGCGGCUGGAGCUGAGCUCAAUCCCGUGGGGGGUGGGAGGGCCUCCCCGUUUGCUGAACUCUGUGCUUUGACCCGGGCAGGCGUGUUGGGCGGGGCCCCACCCAGUCUGCAGCCCCCGCCCCUGCCCCCAUCCCGAGAUGCCUCCUCCAUGGGGCAGGUUCGAGAGAUGGAGAUGAGCUGCUUGUCUGUGUGGCUCCCAAGGCUUCCUGAAAGUGGGGGGACCUCUCUCUCCCUCUUGGACAGACCCCAUUCCUCCCCCUGCCUUCUGCCUGCAGUGCCCCCUCCCCUUCCCUGCCUCUGGGGGGGGCAUGACACUGAGAGGCAUCUGCCUCUGCAGAGACCUGGAGCAGCCAGACUCGCCUAACCAGUUUGGGUGCUGUUCUGGCAAGCCCAGAGCCAGGGGCUGAUCCUCCUCCUCCUGCUGCUGCUGCUCCUCCUCCUGCCUGCUGCUGCUGCCUUUGGCUGCUCUGGGAUCUCCAGCUGAGGCAGGCAGCGCUUGCCUCCCCCAGCCUUAAGCGCAUGACGAGAACCCUGCUGGAUCAGGCCCAAGAGGACCCUUCUAGUCCAGCACCCUGUUCUCACAGUGUGGCCAAAUAUCCCCCAAGAACUUGGGACUCUACAUAGACUGCCCCUGGACCUGGAGGUUCCAUUAAAAACAUAAGAAGAGCCUGUCUGCUGGAUCAGGCCAGUGGCCCGUCUGGUCAGCAUCCUGGUCUCUCAGCGGCCAACCAGGUGCCUCUUAUGGGCAUCUCUUAGUUGGUGGCCAUCCUGUGGGAGGGAGUUCCAUAGUUUCCCAAAAUUCAUCUUUUUUAUUGUCUUCUUCAUAAAAGCCCAUGAAAUAUUAUCAAAGGCCUUUUCAGCAUUUAUAAACAUUAAAGCAGCUUGUUUCUCAUUCCUGACCUCUAGAUAGUCUAUGUUUCUUGUAUUAUCCUACAUCUGGCGUCCUGGUAGGAAACCAGCCUGAUCAUGAUGAAUUAUUUCUACCACAACUCCUUUCAUUCAGUUGGCAAGUAUAUUGGCAAAUAGCUUAUAGUCAUUAUUUAAUAAGGAAAUUAAAAGCCUAUAACUUUUAAGUGAAAGUAAGUCCGCAUCUUACUUUGGGAUCAAAGUAAUACAGGCCUCUUUCCAAGUCUCUGGUACUUUACCUAUAUUUGAAAUCCUGUUCAUUACUUCUUUUAAUGGUUGUACCAACAAAUCCUGCAACUUUUUAUAAUACUUUGCUGACAAACCGUCAGGCCCUGGCGUUUUAUCUAUUUUAGCUUGCUUAAUUGCAUCUUGCACCUCCAGCGCUAUUGUUGUUGUUGUUUAGUCAUUUAGUUGUGUCCACCUCUUCGUGACCCCCUGGACCAGAGCACGCCAGGCACUGCUGUCUUCCACUGCCUCCCGCAGUUUGGUUAGACUCAUGUUUGUAGCUUCGAAAACACUAUCCAACCAUCUCGUCCUCCAUCGUCCCCUUCUCCUUGUGCCCUCAAUCUUUCCCAGCAUCAGGGUCUUUUCCAGGGAGUCUUCUCUUCUCAUGAGGUGACCAAAGUCUUGGAGCCUCAGCUUCAGGAUCUGUCCUUCCAGUGAGCCCUCAGGGCUGAUUUCCUUAAGAAUGGAUACGUUUGAUCUUCUUGCAGUCCAUGGGACUCUCAAGAGUCUCCUCCAGCACCAGAAUUCAAAAGCAUCAAUUCUUUGGCGAUCAGCCUUCUUGAUGGUCCAGCUCUCACUUCCAUACAUCACUACUGGGAAAGCCAGCGCUAUUAUUGGCGCAUUUAAUAAAACUAUCUUUGGGGAGUUCCAUAGUUGAACUCAGCGCUGCAUAAAGAAGGGCUUUGGAGGUCCCCACUGUUGGCAGAGAGGAAAGGAAACUUCUCUCCAUCUUUCUCUGUUCCAUGUUUAUCAUUAUUCACCUCCGCCAUGUCUCCUCAUAGAGGAGCUCUUUGUCUCCUUGAUAAUUUUGGCUCCCCUUUUCUGAACCUUUUCCAGCUCCACCGUGUCCUUUAGGAGGUGAGCCUGGCUGUGACCCCCGAAACUGAACGACGGCUAGCUGCUCCUCCCACCCUCCAUGGGCAGGCAGGAAGGUGCUUGGGCCAAUUUGCCCUUUGACGGGGGGGGGGGUGAACGGGGUGCUUUUAGUGGUUGGGCAGGGAUGCUUUUGGUUCUUGCAAAGAAUUGCUUCCUCUCCAUUUUCCAUCAGUACCUCCAUUGGCGCCUCUGCAGAUCUCUGGGAUGGGGCGGGGCAUGAGGCAAGGCCUCUUUUGCCCUCUGGGAGUGGCACUGCCAUGGCCUCUGGGCAAAGAGCUUGCUGGUAGCCGUGGGAGGAAAGGAGGAGCUGAGGGCAGUGAGAAGGUCCAUUGCAUGCAGAAGCUCCCAGGUCCAGUCCCAGUUUCUGAAACCCUGGAGAGCUGCAGCUGCGAGUCAGUGCAGGUAAUAUUGGGUAGGUAGUGGAUGGUUCUCUAGACCAGAUGGGUGGGAGGUUGCCUGCUCUUGAUGGGGUUACACUUCCCCUGAAGGAGCAGGUUCACAGCUUGGGGAUCCUUUGCUGUAUCUCGAGGCUCAGGUGACCUCAGUGGCCCGGAGUCCCUUCCAUCAUCUUUGGUUGGUGGCCCAGCUACGCCCCUAUAAUAAAUAAUAAUAAUAAUAAUAAUAAUAAAUUUUAUUUAUAUCCCACCCUCCCCAGCCGAAGCUGGGCUCAGGGCGGCUAACAACAAUAAAAUAGUACAACAUUCUAAAAUCAAUUCAUUAUAAAAUUAAUUCAAAUCAAAUUGAUGGCAACCAUUAGGCUAAAGUUCUGUGAGGAUUACCGAAGGAGGGGGUCAGACUGUGCCCUGGCCAAAGGCCAGGCAGAACAGCUCUGUCUUGCAGGCCCUGCGGAAAGAUGUCAAGUCCCGCAGGGCCCUAGUCUCUUCUGACAGAGCGUUCCACCAGAUUGGAGCCGGAGCUGAGAAAGCCCUGGCUCUGGUUGAGGCCAGCCUAACCUCUCUGUGGCCUGGGACCUUCAGGAUGUUUUUGUUUGAAGACAGUAAGGUCCUCCGUGGGACAUACCAGGAGAGGCGGUCCCCUAGGUACGAGGGUCCUAGGCCGUAUAGGGCUUUGAAGGUUAAAACCAGCACCUUAAACCUGAUCCUGUACUCCACCGGGAUCCAGUGCAGCUGGUAUAGCACCGGGUGAAUGUGAUCUCGCAGCAAGGACCCCAUAAAGAGUCUCGCCGCGGCAUUCUGCACCCCCUGGAGUUUCUGGGUCAGUCUCAAGGGCAGCCCCACAUAGAGCGAAUUACAAUAAUCCAGUCUGGAGGUGACCGUCGCGUGGAUCACAGUGGCAAGAUCAGGGCGAGAAAGGUAAAGGACCAACUGCUUAAUACGGCGGAGAUGGAAAAAUGCCACCUUUGCUGUGGCUGCAACCUGCACCUCCAUGGAAAGGGAGGUGUCGAAGAUUAGACCCAAACUCUUAAUGGACGGUGCUGGCACUAAUUCCACCCCUGCAAGAGAUGGGAGUUGCCCCCCCAAUCCCAUAUCGUCCUGUCCCAGCCAAAGGACCUCUGUCUUCGAAGGAUUUAACUUCAACCGGCUCCCACGUAACCAUCCAGCCACAGCUUCCAAACAGGGAAGGGAUAGCCUAGCUACUGUUGUCUGUGCUCUGGUAAUCUCAAGGUUAGAUUACUGCAAUGCGUUCUACGUAGGGCUGCCUCUGAAGACAGUUCAGAAACUUCAGCUGGUGCAGAAUUCAGCGGCCAGGUUGCUCACCGGAGCAAGAUGGUCUGAGCAUAUUACACCAAUUCUGGUCCGACUGCACUGGCUACCGAUUAGUUUCUGGGCCCAGUUCAAAGUGCUGGUUUUGAGCUAUAAAGCCUUAAGCGACUCAGGACCUCAAUACCCCAAGGACUGCCUCUUUCCAACUGAACCUACCCGGUCCCUGAGAUCAUCUUCUGAGGCCUUUCUUCGUGUGCCUCCUCCUUGAGAGGUCCGCAGGGUGGCAACAUGAGAACGGGGCCUUUUCUGCAGUGGCUCCCCGUCUGUGGGUGGUUUCAGAUGAGCUGCUGGCCCAAGAAGAAGAAUCAGGUGGUGUUUUAUUGCCUCUCUGGGCUCCUUUAUGAAAGGGGAAAGGGGCAUAACUUGCAGAAAUCUACAGGGUGUGCAACCCAGCACUGACCAGCCUGAGAGAUGUGAUGCUCUGACAAGCCCCCCUUCCCCUCUGUUUUUCUGGGGUGUCUUUGGCUUUGAGGGGCUCCCUUCACCCUCUGAUUCUCUCUCUCUCUCUCUCUGCAGAUUCCUUUGUCAACAGCCAGGAGUGGACCUUGAGCCGGUCUGUGCCGGAGCUGAAAGUGGUGAGUUUUCCGUGGCUGUACCUGAGAACCUCGGGAGAGUCCAAGGGGCCCUGCCUUGCCCAGAACCCCAAUAAUAAUAAUAAUAAUAAUAAUAAUAAUAAUAAUAAUAAUUAAUUUACCGCUUCCAACAGAAUAUUAAAAUACAAUAGUCUAUUAAACAUUAAAAGCUUCCCUAAACAGGGCUGCCUUCUAAAAGUCAGGUGUCUUCUAAAAUAUUGCAGAAUCCACUUUUGUUGUCUAUCAGUCCCCACAUUACAGGAAUUUAAAAGUGUAUGAAUGUUACAGGAAUUCUCACCUGCGAUUGGGAGAAAAGCAUAAGAUCCUAAUCCAACCCAUAACUUCUUGAGGAAAUCCUUACCCCCCCCCCCCCCAAGUAACAGAAAUAAACUGUCAAUGUAGUUUGACAAAAGCCUUUUUAGCAUCAAGAGAAAUAACUGCAGCCCCAUCAGCUCUUUCGCUGUUUGAAGCACCCCUUUUCCUACUAACCUCAAAUUAUCUGCUCCCCAUCUUUGGCAAAUAAUAUUAAUAUACUGCUAUAGCCAUCCCAGUCUGGUUAGCACUGACUCCUGUUAUUAUCUUGCUGACUACAAUAAUUAAGGUGAUUGGCCUAUAAUUUGGACUCUUCUCCUGGUGGCUGAUUGCCCCAUGGGAGCUCUCUGGGAAUCCCGAUAGACUGCCUCUGGACCUGGAGGUUCUACUAGAAGAGUCCUGCUGGGUCAGGCCCAAGGCAGCCCACUGAGCCCAGCCUCCUCUUCCAACAGCGGCCACAGUAUGAACACCCGUCCUCCCCACUUCGGAGGUCCUUUGGGGUCUGGAUCCAUGGCUGGCCCUAGAUGUGUGCCCUGACCCCUCAAUCCCCAGGGUAUGAUGGCUGGGGCCUCAGGAAUACCCACCUACCCAUGUUUUUUUUAACCUUGCCGUGGAUGACACCCCAUAUAUAUCCCUGGUGGUCCAAGGAAGGAAGGAGAUGUGGUUCUCUUCUUCCACUGGAGGCUGGAAGAAUCGUAGAAUUGCAGAGUUGGAAGGUCUCCAGCGGUCAUCUAGUCUAACCCCCUGCCACGCCUGGUCCCGAGAAGCACCUGGAUGGCAGAAACUGGGGGUUGGCAGUGUGGGACACGUGUGGUUUUGCCAAAUGGCAGAGAAUGGCGGGGUUGGGGGGGUUGUCCAGCAGUCUGGGUUGACCACUGAGCUCCGCUGCCUUGCCAGCUGGGUCUUUUGUUAGAGCAGCCACCAGUAACUGAGGUCUCCAGUUGCCCCCCACUUGGGGGCUGGGCCCCAGAGGAGACGCGUCUGAGCCUGCAGGUGGGGGAGGUUGAGCAAGAUCUGUCUUCCCUGGUGCUCCAAAGACCCCUGGAAGCUGGUCUGUCCCCCCCCCCAAAAAAAACGAUCAAAAGAGCCAGCAGAAUGAGGGGUGAGCCACAGCCGCCCCAAAUAAGGAGAGCCUGCUGGGCCAGGCCAGUGGCCCAUCUGGGGGAGCAUCCUGCUCUCACGGAGGCCAGGCAGUGGGAAGCCAGAGAGCAGGAUUUGAACACAAGAGCCCUUGCCCCUCCCCACUGGUAGCAGCUCAGCUAUACAAUCUAAUUGCCAAAUGGCACCUUAAACCUGGGUUAGGGUCGCCACAACGGAAUGUCUAGGUGCUAUUCCCCACCCCACCCCCCAAAGUCUAGUAAUUAUUAUUAUCAUUAUUAUUAUUUCAUUUUUUCUCUUUUUUAUAUUAAAUUUGCUGCUUUACAAUUUAAAAUACUCAUUUUACAUCCUUAAAAUAGCAGUGACUUCCCUUCGUUUCUUUCCGUGGUUCAUUUUGCAUCUCUUAAAUCCCUGAAUAUUUCACAAAAACUAAACCAUUCAGCAUUCCAUUACUGCAUCCAUCAAAACUUAUUUACACUGUUAAAUUUAUCUUAAUGCUGCCAGGGUUUUCAGCUGUUCACAAUUAUUUCCCAUAUAUUCAAUAAACGUUUUCCAAUCUCCUCCAAACGUAUGUUCUUCUUGUUCUCUUAUUCUAUAUGUAAAGUCUACAAGCUGCACAUAUUCCACCAGCUUAAGUUGCCAUUCUUCUUUAGUUGGGACCUUGUUCGUUUUCCGUUUUUCCAUUCCGUGGAAGAUGGACAAUAAUUUCAUUUCUAUACCCGUAGCAGCCAUGGAUUUAUCUAAUCCUUUUUUUAAGCCAUCCAGCUUGGUGGCCUUUGCUGCCUCCUUUGGGAAAGAGCUUACCUGUGCCUUUAAAACCACCUGGGAACCAAGAGAGUCAGGGCAGGACUUCCCAAAUUAACGGGUUUAACCCUUUGUUAGCCUUUGGCACUUAUUAUCUGCAAAGGCAAAGAGCGCCACCUUCUGGGCAAAGGCUGCAGUGCUGAUGGGAGCCACCCUGCAUUUUAUUCCUAUCAGGAGGACAGUUUGGGGUGGAAAAGGGCACUCUGGGUUGUGGGCAGUUCUUCCCGGCAGGUGCCAGGUGGGGUGACAAGGGCUGCCUGGUACUGCCCCCUUAGUGUGCCCCAUCUUUCUCCCCUCCACCCUUCAGAAUUGUAGAGUUGGAAGUGACAAAUGCAGGAAUCUCAACUAAAGCAUCCAUGUCUUUCUUUCUUUCUUUCUUUCUUUCUUUCUUUCUUUCUUUCUUUCUUUCUUUCUUUCUUAAAAUGAGAUUUUUAAUUAUUCUUUUUCCACUGCACCAUAAAAUUAGAAAUAGAAAAGAAAAGGACAGUAGAAAUAAAGACUGAGAAAAGAAAAAGAGAGAGCAAUAAGAUAAAGGGUAAAAAAAAAAAAAACAAGAGAAGAACUUCUUAUUUUCCACCUUCCUGUUCCAUAAAAAGUGGAGAGCCCUUUCCUUUUAAUAUUUAUUUGGUUUUUCAGAUUAAAAUUUUACAAUCAUAUAAUGAAAUAAAUCAUAAAAACAAGAUUCCAAGGAACCUCCUGGGCUCCCCUCCUCCCCUUUGUGGGUCCUAUUAUUAAUCAUUCCCUCCUGCGUCUUUUAUAAUAAUCCAAAUCUUUUACGUCUCCAUUAUCGCCAAAGUUCACCAUUAAACUACAAGUGGCAUUCCAAUCCUGCGAGCCCACCGCUUUCCAAGGCUGUCCGUUCCUUGCUGGACAAGCUCCGCAGAAACGCAGGCAGGGGCCACAGUUCCUGGCGCACUGCUCCGUCUUGCGCAUGCUGGGACUGCAGAGAGGGAGAGCAAGGCCUGGCGCCGUCUUGCCAAUCAAGGGCAGGUGCCCAUGGUGGGCGUCCAGCGUGGGCCAGAGGCCCCUGCCCAGCAGGGCUUGAGCUUUGAGCAGCCAGCGCUGACAUAGCCAGGCUCAGCUCUUUCGGGAACUCGUAGCACAAUUUUCUGCGUUCCGUUUGUUCCUGCUCUUCUCAUUGGAGCCCAAAUAACCUUGCACCAUGCAAUAUAAACAGCAAUAUGAAAUAAAUCCAAACAUUACAUGCCUUCCAGACCGUCUGUAAUUUUGUCUGUCCUUGACUGUUUAUUUCAAAUUAAUCGGUCAAGGCCUUUUUUGUUUUUUCCCUAAAUUUUUGAUCGUCUAAUAAAUCAUCAUUUAGUCUCCAUCCAAAGGAGAUUUGGCUUUCCUUUUGUAGUUCCGUAAUCAAGGAAUUAUGAUCUGAAAAGGUUCUGGGAUUGAUUUCAAUUUUUUUGACUCUUGUCUCCAAUUCUUUGGAAAUCCAUAGGGAAUCUAUUCUCAAGCUGCUGUCAUGUACGUGACUGUAGUAAGUGAACAAAGAAAGUCUCUGGUAACUUACCUUCUUUCGUCUCUUUUUUUCUGGGUGAUCUGUCUUUAUCCAGAGAAGGAACUCCAUUUAAGUCUCCCAUUUAGAUCAUCUUUUGAUCUGCAAAUUCGAGUAGUUCUGUUUUUUUGAAAGAGAUUGCUUUUUUGUCAUUGGGUGCAUAAAUGCCAACCAGAAUCACUUUCUCUCCAUGAAUUUUGAUUUGUAUUAUUAAGAUUCUACCUUUCUCAUCCUUCUGAAUCAAUUUGGGUUCAAGUGCAGGAUUGAUAUAGAAAACUACUCCUCUCUUUUUUGUAACUGUUCAUUUAUCUGCGUUUAUAUCCCCCCUGUUCCUCCAAGUCGCUCCUGGUUGUCCUUCUCCCCUUUCUAGCCUCACAACGACCCUGAGAGGUAGAUUAGGCUGAGAAUAAGUGACUGGCCCCCAGGUUCACACAGGGAGCUCCCCGCCCAAGCCAGGAUUCGAACCCUGGUCUCUCCCAGGCUGCCUUCUGGUACUCUAACCACUACACCACACUGCCUCUCAGACGAAUGAUUCCUCAGAGGUAACUGCCCGACUUCCUUGAGCUUGCCUGGAAUCCAAAGGGAUCUCUCUCUCUCCCCCAUCGUUUCUGUGCUGGAAAAGACCACUUGGUGCAUUUAAGGGAAGAGCGUGGCUCCCUCCGUCAGCCCAGCCAGGCCCCGAUCCAGCCUCCACCUCCCAAGCAGACAGGGCGUGGUGCUCAGCCUUGCCUUCUGUAUUUCAGGGGAUCGUGGGGAAUCUGUCCAGUGGGAAGUCAGCCUUGGUUCACCGCUAUCUGACCGGGACCUACGUACAGGAGGAAUCGCCAGAAGGUAAGAGGGCAGGCCCUCUCUGGCCCUCUUGUGGGUCACAGCCAUGCCUGGGACCCCCUGCUGUACAAAAUUUAUGCACUGCAUAAUUGCAAAAGGCGCUCACUGCACGACUGUAGAAAUAACAACCCUCAAAGCAGUUUACAAAAGAGAAUUUUUCUUUUAAACCAACAGCAAUCAUUUAAGACUUUCGAAAAGUUCAAAUAACAAUAGGCAAGAAACAGAUUAAAACUCACAUCUCUUUUCUACAUACCCAGGUGGGCUUGUCUGAACAAGAAUGUUUUUAGCAGGCGCCAGAAAGGGGAAGGUGUCAAUAGGCAGGGAGUUUCAAAGUUCAUUCGCUGCCACACAGGCGACUUGAGUUCUUACAAAUAAGGAACCUCUCUUACAUGACCCUUGUAGCAGCGUCAGGGCCGUCAAUCAAAGUGGUUUAGGGGGCGCGGGGGGGGGGUUCCAAGUCCAUGUCCGUUAGGGACAGACGUGGGGUUGUGCCUUUCGCGCUCUGCCCUGUUCCUGUGCCCAGGGCAGAGAGCAGGAUCCAGCCCUUCCUGUGGUCUCCUCCUGUGGGAGAGGCCCCCCUCCAUCUCUCAGACCCUCCUGGUCCUGGGGGUCAAGCGGACAUCUCUGUGACUCCCUGAAGGAGCCCCUCUCCUUAAUUCAAUGGGCCACAGGAUCCGGAAGUCCUCUUCGCUAUGCUUCUCCAACCUGCUGGGAGAGACUUUCCUCUGGUUUAAUCCUGGCAUCCGCUUGGCUUCCCACCAGGCACCCAUCCGAAAAAACCUUGGGUGCUGUGGAUGUAAACAGUACGUUGGGACUGGGAACUGCAAGGGGGCUGCUGAGGACAGAGUCCCCCUUUGCCUGUUUGGCCGCCUUUAGAGUAGGGGAGGCUGUGAGUGAACUUGGAGCAUCCUUGGUCCAUAGCUGUCGACUUUUCCCUUUUCUUGCAAGGAAUCCUAUUCGGAAUAAGGGAAUUUCCCUUAAAAAAAGGAAAACGUUGACAGCUGUGCCUUGGCCCAGCGCAGCCUCCGUGCUGCUGGCGUGAAGGAACCGGUUUCCUUCGUGUCGCUCUGAGGCGGCCCCGAUUCUGCUGCAAGGCCCAAGUUCCACUCUUGGCCUCGUCUGCUGCUCCUCCUAUUUUCAGCUCUCUUACUUACAAUGUGCUCUGCUCAGAAUGACACUUUGGGGGGGGCAGGUUCUAAUGGUCCUUUCCUAAGCACCUGGCUCUGACCGGGAGACCCCUAAAAUCCCAGGCGGCCUAAGAGUUUGAGGCGGUGGGAGCAAAAUGCUCUGGGCAUAAGGGUCUCUUUUGUUUUGGGCCGCCUGUGCCCCAGGGAGGUGGGUCUGUGGCGAGUGUCAACGGAGAAAUCUGAGGGCUCCCUUGGACAAAAAACAAGGACACCCCAGCCAGGAAUACCAGAGCAAAACAGCAGCCAGUAGGCUUGGUCUUGAUUGAAGACUGUCGCGACAGGACUCCCACCUGCCACCAGGUGGAACAAGAUGGAAGCCCGGAACGAAAGAGAACCCAAACUUUGAUUAGCUGCUAAUCCCCAUGUUAAAAAGGUAAAGGGACCCCUGUAAAGGUAAAGGGACCCUGACCAUUAGGUCCAGUCUUGGUCGACUCUGGGGCUGUGGUGCUCAUCUCACUUUAUUGGCCGAGGGAGCCGGCGUACAGCUUCCGGGUCGUGGCCAGCAUGACUAAGCCGCUUCUGGAGAACCAGAACAGCACACAGAAACGCCGUUUACCUUCCCGCCGGAGCGGUACCUAUUUAUCUACUUGCACUUUGACGUGCUUUCGAACUGGUAGGUUGGCAGGAGCAGGGACCGAGCAACGGGAGCUCACCCUGUUGCGGGGAUUCGAACCGCCGACCUUCUGAUCGACAAGUCCUAGGCUCUGUGGUUUAACCCACAGCGCCACCCGCAUCCCUUAAUCCCCAUGUUACACCCCCCCAACUACAUCACUAAUACAUCAUGGUUACAUCAUGAAAGGGGAGGUCUGGUGGCAGUAAUCUGAGCAUCCUGGACCCUGCCCCAUGGUUCCCCUUGCCCUCCACCAAACACCCAUCAAGUGUAACAACAGAUAACAUUUGGUAUCGUGCAGCAGAGGCCCUUUGAAUAGAUAGGAAGAAACUGUGACCAAGUGUUUUGUGGGGACAAAUCACAAAAGUCACAAAAGUGAUUGUGCUGAUUCUGGUAGUGGGCUGCAUGUGCAUGAUAUCUGCUGGAGGGGCAACACCCCCCAACCUAUACAUAAAUUCCUGCAACAGGAGCACCAUUAGCUCAGCCCCACUCCUGUUGACGACGCAGGACGGAAGACAGAGAAAGAGAGAGGGGACUUAUCUAGGGCAGGGCUGGGGAGACUUGGGGAGCCAAGUCCAGCGCUCUUUCUUGCGGUUGGGGGGGUCAGAUCCCUUGCCCAGGAGGUGGACCUUUUCCAGUCUGGCUCUGCCACUGAUCUCUCCCCCCACUCCACCCCCUGCCCUGCCUUCCUGUCUCCCCAGGUGGCCGGUUCAAGAAGGAGAUUGUGGUGGAUGGGCAGAGCUACCUGUUGCUGAUCCGCGAUGAAGGAGGCCCUCCUGAACUGCAGGUAAGUCUCUGGGCCCCCCUUCCUGGUGGGGGUCAGGGAGGGGUCUUGCUGUGGGCCCCCUCAGCCUCUGGGAGUCACCUCUGAAAGGCCAGGCUUUGGGGUACUCUAGCAAAGCUGACCGGAAAAGUUAGAGGAGCCCCAAAUCAAAAAAUAUACAGAGAAUGGAGAUUAUUCAAGGAGUAUAUAUUAUAUUAUAUUCUAAAAAAUGAUAUUAUCCUAGCAGAAUUGAAUGAUACUUGGAUAUAAUAAACAAAUGGAAUAAAUAUACUAGAAAAAUAUACAGGAAAAAGCUAUGAAACAAACUGUGCGAUAAAAUUAAGACAAUGGAAAAAGUACAACGAGAAAGAUCGGAAGUUUCUUUCAGAAGGCUUUAUUAGAUAAGACAGGAUGUUAUAACUAAUAUUCAUUUCUUAUUGUUAAUUCUCUCUUGUUCUUGUUUAUUUUUAUUUUUUUGUACUUUUUCUUUUAUAUAUUCGUGUUUAAUUUUGUUGUAAGCAUCUUAUCACAUAAGAUGAUAUUUUAAAUUAAUAAAGACGAAUUUGAAAAAAAGAAAGGAGAGGCUUUGGAAACACUUCCAGGGCAGCGAGAGACACCUCGGACAGGAGAGCCAAAAAUGGGGCUCCUCUGUUGUCCUGUUGGAAGGGCUUCUCCGAGGGUCCUGCUGGGGGCGGCGGAGGCCAUGCUCCUCUGACUCCCCCCCCCCGUUCUUUCUCCAGUUUGCGGCCUGGGUGGACGCCGUGGUCUUUGUCUUCAGCCUGGAGGACGAGAUCAGCUUCCAGACGGUCUACAACUACUACCUGCGGCUCUGCAGCUACCGCAACACCUCAGAGGUGCCCAUGGUGUUGGUUGGCACGCAAGGUGAGCGGGGGUGGGGCUGGUCAGCGCAGGGCAGGACCCCUCCGUCCAGCCUUGGAGCGGACUGGAGGGUCAGGCAGUGGGAAGCCGCUCUCUCUGGUCUGGGGAUCACGGCAGGGUCCGGGCUGCUCUGCUCCGAGAAGGAAAACUCAGGAAUCCCACCCGUAGCAAACUGUCUUGUCCCGGAAAAGGGUGAGCGAGAGGCUGCUUUUGUGGACUCGCCUCUGGGUUGCAAGGGGCCUGCCUUGCUGUUCUCCCCCUCCCCACAUUAUUAUUAUUAUUAUUAUUAUUAUUAUUAUUAUUAUAUAAUUCGUUUAUACCUCACCCAUCUGGCUGGCUUCACAGUUUUUCCUACAUUGUGAUUUUUGCAUAGCGCGCGCACACACAUGCAUCAUGAUUGGCGAUAUAUAUUGUCAGGUCGGAAAUUAUGAAACCGAUAUUACGAUAUGGACUUGGACGAUAUAUUGAUAUAUUGCCCAGCCCUAGAGACCUCUGGGUAUAGGGUGGUAUAUAAAUUCAAAUAAUAAUAAUAAUAAUAAUAAAUUGUCCAGUAGCACCUUAGAGACUAAGUUUGUGCAUGCACACUUCUUCAGAUACCAAAAAAAGCUUAUACCCAGAACAAACUUCGUUGGUCUCUACAGGACAAUUUUUUAAUUUAUUUCAACUGUGUCAGACCAACAUGGCUACCUACCUAAAAAUAGUAAUAGGGGGUUGGCACAGAUACAAAACUAAGCCACCUUAAAUGGCCAAAUCCCGCCCCCUACAGCCCAUUCUGUAGGAUUGCUGUAGGAUGAGGACUGCCUUGGAUGGGGGGCAGAACAGAAUGCAUUUUCCAGCCUGGCUGGCUGGCCCACGGCAGCGCUUUGUCCCAGAUCUUGCUGGCCCCACGGUCUUGACAUUCUCAGGGCUUUGCUGCAGAGGGGAGAGACGGCGAGUCUUCGCCCCGAGGAGCUUACAGUCUAACGUUUGCCAGUGCAGUGGCAACAGGGGGAGAACAGGGGAAGGGGGGGGUCGGGCAUAGCAAAAAGCAAAUGCGUGGGAGGAACCCCCCCCCCGGCACGUGGGCUCCGCGGUGGAUGUGGACCGGGGGGGGGAGGAGUCAUGUUCUGGAUCCAGAAGGGAAGGUCUGGGGUGCUGUGGGGGCAGCAUUUUUUGUUCACAGGAAGCAAUUUAUCAGGAAGAGGAGGCCUUGGGGGUUCUGCUUGGACUGGGGCCAGAAGUGGAAAGGCAGUGGGGUCAGGGGGGCGCCCCUCUCCAACCCCUGAACAGAUGAAAGGGAAGGGGGCCUCUUUCCCUCCCUCUGAACUUAGAGCAGGAAUGGGGGACCUGCUAUGACACCCCCCUCAAAAAAAUGUGGUUGGCCUCCCUCCCUUGUCCCUAACCAUUGGGCAAGCUGGCUGUUGGGGCUGCUGUGAGUGGGGGGGAGUCUGGCAACAUCUAGAGAGGGGCACAGCAGGGGCCCCCCAGGCAUGGCGGACUUCGUUUGUUUGAUCAAAAUUUAUACAGUGCCUGAUUUUUUUGCGGGGGGGGGGGGGGGAUGCCUCACAGGGUUCUGCAAAAAGACAAGAAAACCAAGGGCAAAAUUACUGCAAAAUUACAUGCAAAAAGUUAAAAUGCUAAAACGCCUUUAAGAUUUGCAUCAACUUCCUAAGUAUCUGGACAGGCUUGUUGAAAGGAGUGUUUUUAUCAGAGAGCCAGGAAGGUGCCUGCUUGAGGUCCAGAGGCAGGGAGUUCCCAAGGACACACUCAAUGACUGAGUUUUUACAGGGGCGUCAAAUGGGUGUAAUGUGGCAGGGCGCAUUCUGCCCACGGAGGCGACUGAGUGGCUGCACAAGGCGCUGGCCCCUUGUGUGUGACCCCUGCCUGCCCCAGGGAGGUUGGCAUCAGGGGGGCAGAUGUUCUCAGGCCUCUCCCUGACCCCCUCCCUCCCUCCCUCUCAGAUGCCAUCAGCGCCACCAACCCCCGGGUGAUUGACGACUCCCGCGCCAGGAAGCUGUCGAACGACCUGAAGCGCUGCACCUACUACGAGACCUGUGCCACCUACGGGCUCAAUGUGGAGAGAGUCUUCCAGGAUGGUAAGUGGGCGCCGGGGCAGCAAGAGGGGAGCGGGGCUGCCUUGCUGGGGCGCAAGAAGGGAGCCCGUCUUUCCUGGCAGCAAGCGGGCAACGGCCUUUGCCCCUGAAUUGCCCUUUCUACCAUGGUAUGUUGACUGUUUUUUAAAGAAAUACACCAUUUAGAGUAGAGACUGCUGGUCCAUCUUGUGGCAGUGAGUUCCACAGGUCCCUUUAUGUUUUGCAUGGUCUCUGUUGGUGGCAGGGCAGUAUUUGCCCGCUUGGUACCUCCCCAGGGGCUUUGGGCUGCAGCUCCCAUUAGCCCCCAGUCAGCCCCAUGGAGAAGGCGGUAGAGCAAGGGUUCCCCAAGUGGGUGGAGGGAUUACUUGGGGGUGGGGGCCGCUCAGAGACGAGGGGGUGGCAGGGGGCACUGUACGUACUUGCAGGUGACUAUCAGGCUUUGAAAAGCUGGCAUCACCAGACCAAAUUCAUGCAUUUUGUUGGAUUAAAAGAGUUGUAUUUUGAACAAGAGUGCAAUUAAUUGUUACUGUUUUUAAUUGUGUUGUGUUUACAUCUUCUGAAUUGGGUCGUGCAAAGAGCUCUCCUGCGUAAUGCAUUUUAUAGGAACCAAGGGGGUGGCUGAGGCCUGGCGCUCUUGCAGGGCCUUUUCAGCAGUGGCUUCCUGGCUGAGAGGGGAGGAGCCCUUGCAGUGCUUGGAGGCGGGGCCUGGAUCGGGUGAAAGCCUUCUGAUUGGUCUGGGGAACAGCGGCCUGUGGUUGGACCUGGAGGGCUCCGCUGAGGGCAGACAGGCAGUUAACUGCCCCUAUGAGAAAGUCAUGGUGGCAGAGGGGGAAGUGGGGGGCAGAGACUUGGGGUGAAGAGCAGGGGGAGGGAGCCCUGCCAGGCUGCCCUAUGGGCACGUGCCCACAAAACAUGGGUGAGCGAAGAGUCCCAAAGGGGUCAGCUGCCCCAGCAGGCAGAAGUGCAACUGGGAGAGCUUUUGGUGGGCUUGUGCUGAGGGCGGAUGAUUGGCCCUGAGCAUAGCUGUCAACUUUCCCCUUUUCUUGCGAGGAAGCCUAUUUGGAAUAAGGGAAUUUCCCUUAAAAAAAGGAAAACAUUGACAACUAUGGCCCUGAGGCGAACCUGGCCUGCCAGUGCCCGCCUCGCCUGCCCCCAAUCUCAGAGGGGGCAGCGGAGAAGCGUCACAGUGGGAAGUUACAGUGGCGGGGAGUUCCAGAGACCCGGAAAUAGAGGUGGGGCAACCCAUUGCCACCCCCCCCCCCGCAAAUACCUGUUGUGGUUCAGCCUUCCAAUUCUUGCCUUUCCCCAGCCCAUCUGGGGGGGGGGAGGCACCCCAAGUGUGGCUGCUGUGCCAGAGAUGGGGGCUGCUCCCCCCUUUCUGGAAACUGCCCCCCCCCCGAUGGUCGCCUGGGGCUUAUCUCUCCCCCCCCCCGCUUUUCCAGUGGCCCAGAAGGUGGUGGCCCUGCGCAAGAAGCAGCAGCUCUCCAUUGGGCCCUGCAAGUCGCUGCCCAACUCUCCCAGCCAUUCGUCCGUCUCGGCUGCCUCCAUCCCCUCCGUGCACAUCAACCAGGUAGGGCGGGCCGGGGGGGCAUCUUUGGGGAGGGCCCUGGGUCUUUCCUGGGAGCUUGGAGGGUCUUUCUGGCCAGCCCCGUCAGCGGGAAGAGGCUGUCCUGGGCUGAGCCCUGCAGGAAACCAGAGUCGUUGUUGUUUUUAAAUUUAUUCAAUCAUUUUUGCAAUACAAACAACAACUGCAAAAGACACAUACAACAAAAACCACAAUAACACAAUUUGACAAUUCAGAUUUGAAUACCCUGAUAUACCUAUGACUACACCUUUUUAACAAUGUUUUCCCACCUCUCUCUCCUCCCCCCACGAUCCGCCUUAUCGCUUAAAUAUUCCUUCCAGAUUUCUUCAUAUUUAUCCAUUCUUAAUUUGCGUCGACAUGCAGUUCGUUCGUAUAUGUAGCUAAUCUGUCCAUAUUAUCAACCCAUGUGCUCAAUGGAAUCUCUUUGCGGCUCUUCCAAUUCAUCAAAACAAGUUUUUUUGCUUCUAAUAUAGCACGGUACAUCCAUUUUUUUUUGACCCCUUGUAAUCUCCCACAUUUCCGGAAUAUAAUUUAAAAUUAAAUUCAAUUCCCCUAAAUAACAAUUUCUUUUUAUUACUCUUGCUGUAAAUAUCCUCACCAGGAAAGCAGAGUUCUCGUUGCUCAGAGCUGUAGCCUCACUGAGCCAGACAGGCCUAGAAAGGGACAUGAGAACCCAAAAGGGCCUUGCAGGAUCUGGUCCCAUCCUUACAGUGGCCUCCCCAAUGCUCCAUAUGGGAAGCUUGGAAGCAACAGCGAUUCUCCAAUUGUUAUUCCCCAUCUUCCAGGUAGACUGCCCCUGGGCAUGGAGGUUCUGCUAUCGCAGUAGAUCUCCAUAAGAAGAGCCCUUGCGGCUGGAUCAGGCCAAUGGCCCAUCUUGUCCUUGCAGAGGGCACCCAGAUGCCCCCCCCCCGGGUAGCCUUCAAUGGAAAAGAUGGAGAGAGGAUAUAUUGCCCUGACUGGAGGGGAAGAGCUGGCUGGCCCUCAGCUGGAGUGGCAGAAGGGGGAGCUGGUCCUGGGGGUGUCUCUGAUGCCCUCUCUUUGCAAAGUCAGGGGGUCAGGUGACAACUAGCACCCCCCUAACGCCAACCAGCGCUUUCCGCAUACUUGCAAGACUCCCUUGCCAGGCGGGUGGGUAGGAGAGCUGAAAAUGAUGCCAAUGUAUUUCACACCUGGCAGCCAAUGCUCCGCUUUGGUUUCAGAUAGUAUCUGGGUAGACGAGUCUUAAAAGCCCAGGACAGAAAUGUUCACAGUCCACCAGCGGCUCUGGUGCUCAUUUGCCAGAAGUCAUCUAUUUAGCAUUAACUCUGGCGGUUCCCUCCUUGCGAGAAGUGAGGAUACAGGGAACCAGGCAGAGGGCCUUCUCGGUGGUGGCACCUGCCCUGUGGAACACCCUCCCGUCAGAUGUCAAGGAAAUAAGCAACUAUCUGAUUUUUAGAAGACAUCUGAAGGCAGCCUUGGUUUGAUGUUUUCUUGUGUUUUUAAUAUUCUGUUAGGGAUGUGGGUGGCUCAAUGGUUUAGACCACAGGGCUUGCCGAUCAGAAGGUCAGCAGUUCGAAUCCCCGCGAUGGGGUGAGCUCCUGUUGUUCAGUCCCUGCUCCUGCCAACCUAGCAGUUUGAAAGCACGUCAAAGUGCAAGUAGAUAAAUAGGUACCGCUCUGGCGGGAAGGUACACGGUGUUUCCGUGCGCUGCUCUGGUUCGCCAGAAGCAGCUUAGUCAUGCUGGCCACGUGACCUGGAAAAACUGCGGACAAACGCCAGCUCCCUCGGCCUACAGAGCAAGAUGAGGGCGAAAGCCCAGAGUCGUCCACGACGGGACCUAAUGGUCAGGGGUACCUUUAACUUUACUAAUAAUACUCUGUUGGGAGCUGCCCAGAGUGGCUGAGGCAACCCAGCCAGAUGGACGUGGUAUAAAUUAUUAUUAUUAUUAUUAUUAUUAGUGUCCACUCGAUUCUGACCAAACAAAGCUUCCUGGUGUAUGUUUUGCUCUAGGAGGCAUAGUUUGGUCAGAACUGGGUCGACACUUCCAGAGUUAAUGCUAAAUACUUUACUUCUGGUCAAUGAGCCACCAGAGCCGCUAGAGGGCCAUGAAAUAUUGUGUCCUGGACUUUUUAGACUUGCCCAUCCAUCUGAAGGCAAAUGGCGUUUCCGUGAGCUGCUCUGGUUCGCCAGAAGCUGCUCAGUCCUGCUGGCCACAUGACCCGGAAAAACCAUCUGAGGACAAACGCUGGCUCCCUCGGCCAGUAAAGCCAGAUGAGCGCCGCAACCCCAGAGUCAUCCGUGACUGGACUUAACAGUCAGGGAUCCCUUUACCUUUUAUCCAUCUGAAACCCAAGGGGCAAAUUGGUUGCCAGAUGUGAUUUUUUUCCAGCUCUUACUAAUAGAGUUUCAAGGGACUCUGAGGGUCAUCCAUCCUACAUUGGCUCCCAGUACGUUUUCCGAGCACAAUUCAAAGUGUUGGUGCUGACCUCAAAAGCCCUAAACGGCCUCAAAGGCCCAGGAGACGUGAAGGAGCGUCUCCAUCCCCAUCGUUCUGCCCGGACACUGGGGUCCAGCUCCGAGGGCCUUCUCGGUGGUGGCACCCGCCCUGUGGAACGCCCUCCCAUCAGAUGUCAAAGCGAUAAACAACUACCUGACAUUCAGAAGACAUCUUAAGGCAGCCCUGUUCAGGGAAGUUUUUAAUGUAUGGCAUAUUAGUGUAUUUUUGGUCUUUGUGGAAGCCACCCAGAGUGGCUGUGGAAACCCAGCCAGAUGGGCGGGGUACAAAUAAUAAAUUAUUAUUAUUAUUAUUAUUAUUAUUAUUAUUAUUAUUAUUAUCCAGUCCAACUCCCUUCAAUGCAGGAAUCGCAAAUAAAGCAUCGCUGGCGAGUGGCUCCAAACCCUUGUUUAAAAACCUCCAAGGAAGGCGAGGCCUCCAUUAGAAAUCACUUAAGCACCGUCUGCUGUUCUUGUUGAUUCUGCUGCGGCGGGGGGGGGGGGAGGCAGCCCCUUUUGGGGGGUGGGAUAGGUGGUUUGGUGGUGUGGGAGGCCCCCCAGUGUCACCCCCCUGGCCUCAUGUGUCCCCCUUCCCCCCCAGGCUGCCAACGGGAGCGGGGCCUUCAGCGACUACUCCUCCUCUGUGCCCUCGACCCCCAGCAUCAGCCAGCGAGAGCUGCGGAUCGAGACCAUUGCCGCCUCCAACACCCCCACCCCCAUCCGCAAGCAGUCGAAGCGCCGGUCCAACAUCUUCACAGUGAGUGCCUGAGUGUCCGGGGGGGGGGGGCGCAUGGGAAGAGGGUGGGUGGGCGGCUCCUUUGGGUGGGCUGCCUGCGCAGAGCAGCCCAUUCAUUGCCUGCGGGGGGCAAAGUGGGGCGACACCAAGGCAUAGCUGUCAACCUUCCCUUUUUUUUGCGGGAAAUUCCCUUAUUCCAGCGCCGUUUCCCGCUGCUAUCCCGGAUUGCUAGCUAUCCCGUAGUCUGUCCCCGGGACAGGUGAGGCUGCUGAUCCCUUCUUUUCAAAUCCGAAAGUUGACAGCUAUGCAGCAAGGUUGCCCCACAAGGAACCACGUGGUGGGUCUUGCCCUGUUCCAAACAUUUGCAAAUGGUUUGGACACAGGAGGGACGCUCAUCCACUUUGCAGAUGAUUAAAAAUCGGGACAAAUUGCAAACACUGCUGGGAAUAGGAUUGAGCUACAGGGUGACGUUGUGGAGACAUGAGGGGGGAGCAGAGAUUUCAUGAAGAGUCAUUCUGGAUUGUCCUCUCCCCUGAGUGACCAUUUUUUUUAGCUUUCUUGGUUGUCCAGAAAAUACUGAAUUUGAGAAAUUGGAUCCCUCCCUCUGCCCCAAGGCCUUUGGCUUCUGCCUCUCUGAUUCCUAUUAUUAUUAUUAUUAUUUAGAAUGGAUAUACCGCCCUAUACCCAGGGGCCUCAGGGCGGUUCACAGAUUAAAAUCAAGAUAUAAAAUCACAAAAUGCCUAACAAAAAUAAAAACAACAGCACAAUAGGCCUCCCGCCAAAAAAACCCCCACAUUUUUAAGAAGGCAUAGGAUGUAAAUCGGACCAACCAAAGGCCUGGUUAAAAAGGAACGUAUUUGCCUGGUGCCUAAAGGUGUUUAAUGAAUGCGCCAGGCGAACUUCCCUGGGGAGAGAUUCCGAGGACCCUCGUUGCUUCCUGCUCAGUUUUAAGGGCCCAAUUCCCUCCCCGCUUCUGUUCUUCUACAGAAGUCCAGAUACCACAGGGUGUGUGUGCAGAUUUCCUGCAAAAAGCAAUAAAGACAAAAGAGCAAAUUCAUUGUGAUACUGCUGAGAACUCUCAGGCGCAUUUUGGAAAAUCCUGGGAGGGAAGGUGUGGCUGGUGGGCCGAGGGCACCCAGGGGUCUUCCAUCUUAAAGAAUGGCCGGGGGGGCAUGGUUGGCCAGCCCAUAUUUAUCCCUUCCAAAGAGAAAUCCCAGACGGGACCUCUCCCCAUUUUUCAAUCAUCUGUUUGCAACACGGGCCAAGGCUGUCCGGUCUUGGAAGUCUUGACCAUUGUAGAGAAUCUGUAUCUUUGAACACAGGCAAAGGUUUCCUGAUUUCUAAUCGGAGAAAAGCCAUGAACACGCUAAACCCCAGAGCAGGCAUCACCUGGCCUGGAAGCAGCUGCGCAGCCCCCCCCCCCCCGCCCAGCCCCACGAGGGCCACAGAGCAGUGCAUGCCCCUAGGGAGGGAGGUGGGGGCACCUGGAGAGGCUGUGGGUCUUGCUGGGGCUCCUUGGCUUGGCUGUGAGGUCUUCUGCUGCAGCCGGGGGGUGGGCAGGAUGUGGAAGCUGGGGCUUGCCUGUCUGGCGCUCGGGCGGGGGCUGUGGGGCACAGCCUUUGCAAAGACAAAUGGCCGCUGUUCUCUCUUGCAAGCCCACCCCCCCCGGCCCACUUGACCAGACCCAGUCUCUGGGGCUUCUUCCCUGGGCCAAUUCCGUGCAUAAGCACAAACACACCCUGCCUUCCUGGGUCUCGGCUCUUCCUCUGCAAGUGGGGCUGCUGCUGGCUGGGGGGGUCCGGCGGGGGCCCUGGCUGUCCUUGCUCCUGCUUGCUUUGCUGCCCCCACUGCACGCGGCCCCCUCCCGACGCUCCUGCUUGGUCCUGCUGGCUGCUGCCUUCCUCCCUGCUCCUCGCAGGCGGAUCUUUGAGUGAGUGAGUGCUGCGCUGCGCUGGCCGGCUCGCUCUCUCGCUCUCUCGCUCGCUUGCCCCUGCUGCCACUCGGAAUGGCUUGCCGUGAGACCACCCCUCUUGCUUGGUGUCUCCCCCCCCCCCCGAGCUCCCUGCGGAUCUGCUCUCUUCACCAUGCUUGCUCACGUCCAUCCACAAACUGCUGCCCCACAGCUGCUCUCACGUGGGGGUCCUUCCAGGGGGCGGCACUCGCGGGGGGCUCCAGACGGGGGCUCCUGAGGGGUCUGGCAGCCGGGGCUUCUUUGGCUGUUGGGGCACGGGGUGGGGGGGAGGGAGGGGACCCUGUUUCCUUGGUCUUCACCUGUGCACCCCUCAUUCCCAGAAGCUCAUUCCCAUGGCUGCUGCUUCCCCCUGCCUCCCUCUCCAACUCCUGCUGCUUCUGCCCCUUCCUGGCUGCCUCUCCUGCUCUCUGCACCAGCCAAGGAGGACGGAGGGUGUCAGUGUGUCUCUGGCCAGCAGGUGGAGGCAGAAUCCUGCUUCCCUUCCUUCCUCCUUUCUUUCCUCCCUCCCUUCCUCUCUCCCUCCCUUGGCUCUUCCUUCUCUCUCAUCUGCUCGGCCUGAUUGCUGCUGCUGCCGCUGCUGCCGCCGCCACUGCCCCACCUCUGGGCUGGCCGGCCUGAUUCUCUGUGUCCUUCCUGCCGUGCCCCAGACAGACAGACAGACGCGCACACACGUCCUUUUCUGAGUAUAACAUGCCAAACUCUUUAUUCUUUCGAUAUUUGCAGAUAUGUGCCACUGUUUCCAACUUUUCAUCAACCAAAAGGCCUUUUCAACUCCUUCCAAAUUAGAAGAUCCCGUUGGUUUCCCAGCAGGCACCUCAGUACCAAUUCUCUCACUUUUCAUUGCCUCUCCAGGGCCGGAUCAGGGACAGGCACUGGGAGUGAUCUCAGAUUAGCGGCCUGCCCUACCUGCCGCCUGGGUCCCCCUCCUCCCGGAGACACGCAGGAGUCUUUAGCCCCUCCUCCUCCCCCCCUCUCUAAAGUCUCUCGGAGGGAGUCUGCUGCGCCUGCCCUCUAAGCCGGGACUUUGCCGGGCGAGCUGGACUGUCCGCGUGCCGAGAAGGGGCCCUCCGGGGACAGGAAGACCGACAGAGCCGCCAGGAAGUGCCAGGAGAUGGAGGGGCCACGGGACGCUUUGCCGCCGGUCGCGCCCUGCUACUUGCUCUCCGGCUCCCUCCUUCCUCCUGCAUGGACUCCUCCUCUCCUCCUCCUCCUCUUCUUCCUCUUCUUCUUCCUCCUCCUGCUCUUCUUCCUCCUUCUCUGCCACGGCCGCCGCCUCCUCCUCCCCAGACGACUAUGGCUCUUGGAGGCCCACUCUUUUGAGCUCGUUGGAGUGCGGGGCAAGAGGGCUGCCGCCACCGCCACCAGCUCCUCCUUUCCGACCCUCUUCCGAGUGCGCAGGGGCUGGUGCGGCCGGCUGCGUUGAUGGACAGACAACGCAAGGGCUUGUAAGAUGGACGGACGCCGGCCGAGGGCUGCCUCCUCCCGCCAUUCUUGUGGUUCUGAAUGUAUCGCUUGCGUCCCCCGCCGUGACUCCCGCAAGGCUCUCCACUGUCUCUCCAGCACCUUCCAUGGACCGCUUCUCAGCAGACUGUGGUUUCCAGCUUCAUCUAGUGAUCCGUUUAUUUAUUAAGCUGAUGGUGGUGGUGAUGAUGAUGAUGAUGAUGAACUGGAGUUAUUGCUCUUCCUCUCCCCGCCCUCCUCCUUUCUCUCUCUCUCUCUCUCUCUUUCUCUCCCCAAGAAUCAUGUUCUAAAUGUAAAGUAGCUGUUUAUUGUCAAAGCUCUUUUGUAAGGGGCUGACGGUGGCCCAGUGACAUCCGCGACUUUGUAUGGUGCCCGUGUGUUCACCAAAUAAACGGUUGGAUUAGUCGGGCUGGUGCCUUCUUUUCCGGUGGUGCUUUUGCUGCUGCUGCUGCUGCUGCUGCUGUUGCUGCUGCUGCUUCCUCCAUCCACGCUCACCCCAUCCCAUGCUGCUCUCGUCUAUCACCCCAUCCCGGGGACCAGGGUGGGCGGACAGGCGGGGGCCGAGGCCACGGCAGCGCCUCCACUCCUCUGGCCUGGGGCUGGAGCAGAGAGCAGGUGGGGGCUUCCCUGAGUCUCCAGGGGGCAGCCUCCCUUGCCCUGCCCUCCCUGCCCAUCUAACGCCCCGUGUCUCUUCUCUUCCAGUCUCGGAAAGGCACGGACAUCGAGCGGGAGAAGAAGGCCCCGGAGUGUAAGGCGGACUCCAUCGGCAGCGGGCGGGCCAUUCCCAUUAAGCAGGUUCGCGCUCUUCCCCCAUCGCUGCAGCCCUGGAGGGAGGGCGGGAGGGCCAGACGGGGGGGGGAGGAGCGGGCAGAAGGGGCACCUGGGGCUCACCCCACUCUUUUUCCUUCCCCGCGACUGAGGAGCAUCUCUUUGUCAGGCCCAUUGUGUUUCUCCAUGCCAGUGUUGCAGUCACCAGCUCUGUGUUCGGCUACUCUGUGUGCCUACGUGUGUGCAUUUGGGCGGCGGGGAGGAGGGGAGGCCUUUGCCAUGCUCUCCAAGGUGCCAUCGGGGAGCUGCCAAGCACCAUCUGCUGGCUGGCGACAUCUUUGGGACUCCAUGUUGCUUGCUUGGGCCCUCGUGCAACGGUCAGUGAGUGUGGGGCGGGCACCAUUCAGCAUGGAUCUCCGAAGGCUGCUGGGGACCAGGCCUUGCCCGUCAUGCCAGGAUGCAAAGGCUGGUUGCAGCUUUGGUGCAAGAGGAGGCGCUUGGCAGCCUCUCCUGGCAUUGAGCCCUGGCCCUGAACGUAGAUUCCAGGGGCCGGGGUGGCUGGCCUUGCUGAAGAAGGCCUGCAUCAAAGGACGUCCUUCCCAGGAGCCGGUCAAGUGCUGGGCUGGCUCUCUGUGUAAGACCGCCUUCGAGAGGAGACCGAGCUCCGCAAUCCCGUAAGGUGGUUUUGCUGCCAUCUCCACUACAGCAAGAGUCUCUGCAGGGAGAUUUCCUCCAGACAGCGCCAGGUCUUCUGGAGGAAGCCCCCUGCCUUGCUGUCUGCCCCAUUUGGGGAAAGGACCUGGUAAGUUGAGAUCUCUCCCUGCUUCAAAGAAGGUGGACAGGAGUCGCGGUUGCUGGUUGUGGAAGAGGAGCCUUCUGGGGCUUUGGUGCAAAACGUCUCCUGGAAGUCUCAGGGGCAGGACUAGGGCAGUGUCGUCCGUCCCCCCGCCAACCCCUUUCUCCGUCACUGACACAGCUGGAGGAGGGGGAAUCUGAAGGAGAAAAACGGCAGGAAGGGAAAAGGUGCAGCUGAGGGUGUUGCAGUUCAGGCAGCCUUUGUGGGAAAGAGAAGCUGUUUGCCCAGGACUUCGAUGCCGGCCCUUGGCCCUUGGCUUCUCAGGGGGCCCCACCCGCCAGCAGCCCACUCCCCACAAGGGUUUGGGCCCCUUUCUCUCUCCUUUCACAACAGGAGGCCUUGGGGGACAGGGCAUUAUCUGUCCUGGCUCUGCUUGCCAGCCACGGGGCUCCCCGCUCUCUUUCGGGGGUCCUGUGUCGGGGGGCUGACUGAGCCCCCUCCUGGUCUUGGUGACUGGCAGCAGCUGGGCGGAGCUGCAGGCCACACAGCCCUCCUGUGGCUCACUGUCCGUGGCAGCUGGGCCGCUUUCUGUGCGGCAUUCUGGUAGUUCUGACUGAGUUGUGUAGCACUUGGGCUGCCAUUUUGGGGUGCUCUCUCCUCCCCCCCCCAAAUGCACGCCUGCAAGGCCACAAGGCUGGGAGGGCUCUCCUCACUCCUGGCCCCUCAACCUGCCCCCACCCGGGGCUUCUGUGUGAACUCAGUCCAGGGCCCUUGCCAGAGGUCUCCUGCUGGGUUGCAGGGCCUUGCCGGGGUUCCUUAGCAAAGUCUCCCUCCCAGCUGGGAGCUUGGGGGCAGAAGCAGGCUCCCUACUGCGACUCGGGAGAAGGCGAGCCCAGAGGCCCGUCCUGUCCAACAGCCCUCUCUUGCUGCGGCUGAACAGUUGCCUGUGGGACUCCCGCAAGAGCACUGUUUGCUCCUGUUGGCCAAGGGCUCAGGCCAACCCACGGCUGCCCCUCUGCAGGCAGCGUCAAAGCCCCAGAGCUUCCCUGCAGACCCUCCUGGCCGGCUCCGGCCCCCUACCGCCUGAGAGUCAGGUCAAAGGGCUCCUCUAGUCUAGGGUUCCCUGCCCACAGGGGCAGCUGGGCAGGACGGAAGAAGCCCUACCAGGCCAGCCCCCCAGCCCAGCCCUCCGUGCCUGGCUUGCACUGGUGGAGAGCUGGGCUCCUCAGUGGGGCUGAGCAAGAGGGGAGCGGCCUCCCCACCACCUCCCUCCUUGUCCUGCCUGGGGUGUUCCCAUCCUCCCCAGCCCCCCCUCCGGCCCCUGGGGCAGUUGCUCCGGCCCCAUCCCAUCCUGCGCUCUCCCUUCCUGGGCUGCCUGGGCCGGGUGGCUUCUCCUUGGAGGGAGCCGGGAUCAUGCUGGGAGCUUAGAUUACAUUUAAAUUGCCAUUUGCAUUUUCCAAUCAAUACGCGACUUUACAAUUAAGUUUGGUGUUAAAAUUCUUAGCGAAAAGUGAGUGGAAGGGAGAUUUGUGGAGUAAACGAGUCCUGUGGGGGCCAUUGCUGCUCCCUGCUUCAUUACCCUGCAUAUUGCUGCUGUUGCUGCUGCUGCCGCCGCUGCCGCCUCCACUUCCAGCCUCAAUCUAGCAGCCUGGCUUGGCGGGGGGGGGGGGGAGAGAUGCGUGCAUGUGGGGAGGAAGGUGGCCUGCCUCAUCAUGGGAGACCCUUUCCCCCGGUGGGGACACACUGGUUGGGGGAGAGGUGGCAGCCGGGCGGAGGGGGGUGACUUGGCUGGAGGGGGCGGGCAGUGCCCUUUAUUGGCAGAAGGCAUCUCCUGUGUUGGGGGGGUCCGGCCUGCCUGCCUCCUGGCCUGGUUCAUUUUGUCCCCAAACCUGUUCUGCCUUGUGACCUUGGACACACUUGACUAGACUGGAGUCUGUUGCGCCGCAGAAACCAGACCUUCCCCGCCACCCCCAGGAAUGCUUGGGGGCCCCUCACUCUCUCAGCUGAAGAAGGGGGCUUCCCAACAUGACUUCCCUUCAAGCCCCCGGCAGUGGUGGUCUCAUUUUUCUGCACUUGCCAGCAGUAGUGGGGGCUUUAUUUUGCUCCUUUGAGGACCUGAGGAUGGGAGGUUCCCAGCUGACCAGAAGAAACUUGGCCUCCUCCUGAACCAUCAACAGCUGCAAGAUGGUCCAACGGUGGCCUGAGAAGAAAGAGGAGCAGGGGGGAAAGGCCGUGUCCUCCUGAAUGUGCUGGAAACCUUGAGAGAGGAGGGGGCUCUUGCCCUGGGGCCCUGCUUGCUUCCGGGCUUCCGGUUGGCCCCUGUGGCACUAGGUGGGCCUGAUGGAGCCGGGUUGUUCUUGCUUCCUUCCAGGUGGGAGCCUUUGUGAGGAAGGAGGAGGGUCUGCCUGUUUGGGGGCACGGGAGGCAGAUGGAGGGGCCUGUUUCUGGACCCCACCUGCCUUCAGCAGCAGCAGCAGCAGCCGCCAAGGUCUGCCUCUGGCCUGCCUAGCCUUGGUCUAUUGGCCAUCCAUGUUUGCAUUCCCUCCCAGUUGCCUGGGGAAGGACUGGACUGUGGGAAGCCGAGAGGCAUCCUCGGUUAUGGUCAGCCCAACCAGGGAUGAGCGUCCACGGGGCCUCCUUGGGCUGUGGGGACCCUGAGCUCAGCCCCUUUGACCAAGUGCCCAUGGUCUCCUUGCAGG